AAAGGCCAGUCCAUCAGGGCUGAUCUGCUCAUUUCCCUGCCCUCCCUUCAGAGGAAACUCCCUCUGUGAAACCCUAGAACCUCCUCCACUCAGAUCUGACUCAGGAGUCUGUCCCAGGUCCCCUCUCAGGAUUGGGGAUGAAGUUUCUGAGCAGGAUGCUGUCUCUGGCUGUGAUUGUGUUUCUCCUGCAGAGAGGUGAGUGCUGGGGGGCACAGCUGGCAGUAGUUAAGGAGCAGGCUCCACAUAAUGUGUCACUAAGUUUGGGCAUGAUGCUGGGCAUGACACUGAGGGCAUUCAAAUGGUUAAACAUCUGCAUGACUCAUAUGGACCAACAUUGUGUAGUGAGCUUAAUUCAUAGACAAACUCUGUGUUUCUUAUCUGUGUGCGCUGUGUGUUUCUAUGUGCAUCUGUUUUUGUAUUUCUUACAUGUGUGUUAAUGUGGUAUGUGUGUAUUUGUGUGUCUGUGUGUCUGUGUGCGCUGUGUGUUUCUCUGUGUAUCUGUUUUUGUGUUUCUUACAUGUGUGUUAAUGUAUUAUUUGUGUAUUUGUGUGUCUCUAUGUGUCUGUGUGUCUGUGUGCGCUGUGUGUUUCUAUGUGUAUCUGUUCUUGUAUUUCUUACAUGUGUAUUUAUGUGGUAUGUGUAUAUUUGUGUGUCUGUGUGUCUGUGUGCGCUGUGUGUUUCUCUGUUUCUGUAUCUGUUUUUGUGUUUCUUACAUGUGUGUUAAUGUAUUAUGUGUGUAUUUGUGUGUCUCUGUGUGUCUAUGUAUGUGUGUGUCUAUUUGUCAUAUUGUGCUUUGACCUGAUGGACCCUGUGAGAUAAAAUUAUUUGUGGAUUAAUAUUAUUGUUAAAAGUAACAAACAGGAACAAAAUAUUAGAACUAAACCUCUAUCCUAAUGAGGAGAAUAAAAAAAAACUAAACCCUUUGUCCUAAAUUUAGUUUGUUUAUGUUUUAGCUGUUCCAGUGAUUUGUGUCUUCAAACAAUAGAUAUUGCAGUUUAUUCUGACAAACUGAUGAUAUGGGGGAAGAGAGAGGGGGGGGGAGGGGUUCCAGGAUUUAUUAGGGUACUGUAAGUGUUUAUAAUUCUGCCAUUAUCUUUCACUAAUAUAAUGUAUUUAUAUCAAGGAAAUAGGGAUAACAUUAUAUGCUAAUGCUUUUAUCCAUGCUGCUCUGGAAUUCCCACUGUUAAACCUUUUAUUCCAGAAAUUGUGUCAUUAAGGGGUUAAUUCAGACCCCUGACAGGGUUAAAGAGAAAGGGGACCCCCAACUUAUUGCUUGGCGCCCAUCUGGCUCUCAGUGGGUUACAUCUGCUGGUUUAGUUAUUCAGAUCUACUUAUGGAAUAUAUAUUAUUGUGCCAGUCACUGAGUGGGCGUCUGAUUGGGGAAUUGCUCCAUAGGGGAAGAACAAUAGAGACGGAUCAAUUUACAGAAACAAGUUGGUUAUAAUGAUCAAUAAGUGAUAUCCAGUUUAUAAAGCACCAACAUGUUCCAAAGUGCUGUACAAUGGGUGAAGGACAAAUACAACUAACUGCAAUAGGAGGUUUGCCGUAUCCCAUGGAACAUCUUUCAUAUUUGUAAAUUAAUUAGUGGAAUUUUAUUUAUCUAUUUAUUUAUUUUUAUUAUUAUUUAUUUCAAUUCCGAUUGAUAUUUAAUUUAUGCCUGGCACUGGGGGGAGGUAAAUGAAUGAAAUGAGCUUUCUUGUUUAAUACAUGGAAUACACAGAGUUAUACUAGUAUAGAUUAAUUCUAGCGCACAGUCCUAAAGUUGGUGCAGUCACCAUGGAAACUGGUAGAAUGGUCCUGCAGAUUGGGUCGGUUUACCCGAAUGCCGCAGAACUGCUCAUUAUAUGAAACCCCUAUUAAUAGUACUAUGUGCUUUAGCUCCUAAUCUUUUCCAACUAUAUCUUGGGAUAAUAAUGUAAGUAAGAUGGCGUCCGUGGACUCCAGCCACCAUAGCCACUUCAUUGAAAUGAAGUUGUAAUGUAAAUGGAGUGGUCAUUUAAUGUCAGAUUAUUUUCUGAAUUAAAUCGCUGGGACUGACUGUUAGGAAACAAUUCCUGAAAGAUUCAUUUUAGGAUAGUUCUAUGUUGGAGCCAACAGGCUCAGUGAUGCAGGGCCAAUCCUCGGUGCGCAGGGUGCAUUGUGCCCAGGCACCAGGGAGCUGAGGCACUAGGGUCCAGGAUUACCUACUCCCUUUCCAAAGGUAAGCCUCAGAGAGGGUGAAAGAAAGCCCCUUAUAUACCUCAGUAGACCACCUAACCGCCCACUACACUCCUUAACCCCCAUUAUAUAUCCUAAUCCCUAAUAUUGAACUCCAGACUACACCCCUAACAACCACUACUGCUCCUAUACCUCGUUACAGCUAACCUGACUUCGGUUAUUAGCACCACUACUGCCCCUAACUCUCCACUACUGCCUGUAUACCCCACUGCUAAUACCCCUAACCCACACUACAUCUUCCAACCCACCACUUCAGCCCCUAACCCACAGUGCAUAUAUCCCACUACAGCUCCUAUUUCCCACAACACCUCCUAUCCCACACUACUGCCCUUAGGCCCCACUACAACCUCUAUCUCCCAUUACAGCCCCAAUUCCCCACUAUCGCACCUAACCACCAACUACUGCCACUUAACCCCACUACAGCCCCUAUACCCCCACUACAGUUACCUAACUCCCACUACUGCCCAUAACCCCCACUACAGUCCCUAACCCCCACUAUAUAACCUAACCAUCAACUACUGCUACUAAAACCACUACAGCCCCUAUACCCCCACUACAGCUACCUAACUCCCACUAUAUCCCCUAACCCCCAUUAUAAUACAUAACCACCAACUACUGCCACUAAACCCCAUUACAGCCCCUAAACCCCCACUACAGCCCCUAUACUCCCACUACAGCCCCUAUACCCCCACUACAGCCCCUAUACUCCCACUACAGUAAAGGAGGAGACUAUAUUUAAAAGAAGAAAAACUACCACAACAAGAGGACAUAGUCUUAAAUUAGAGGGACAAGGUUUAAAAAUAAUAUCAGGAAGUAUUACUUUACUGAGAGGGUAGUGGAUGCAUGGAAUAGCCUUCCAGCUGAAGUGGUAGAGGUUAACACAGUAAAGGAGUUUAAGCAUGCAUUGGAUAGGCAUAAGGCUAUCCUAACUAUAAGAUAAGGCUAGGGACUAAUGAAAGUUUUUAGAAAAUUGGGCAGACUAGAUGGGCCGAAUGGUUCUUAUAUGCCGUCACAUUCUAUGUUUCUAUGUUUCUAACUCCCACUACUGCCACUAACCCCCACUAUAGCACCUAACCCCCACCACUGCCACUAAACCCCACUACUGCCACUAAACUGCACUACUGCCCUUUACCCCCACCACAGCCUCUGAUAUAAGCUCAUGGACUAUCUAACUAAGCACUUUGUAUAAGAGAGCUUGAAUGGCUAGAUCUCAGCUUACGGGGAGGCCCCUCUCUACUUUUUGCAUUUGUCCGUGCAUAUUGUUUGUUCUCCCCUAAUUGUACAAUGGUGCAGAAUAUGUUGGCGCUUUAUAAAUAAAUAAAUAAAUAAAUAAUGGAGAGUCGGAGUCAUUGCCAUAGAAACAAGCAUGUCUUGAUUGGGCAUUUGUAAAGGGGAGGAGUUAGUAAGAUAAUCGCGCCCACCUAAGGCACCCAAAAAAAUAAAUCUGCACCCAGGUCUGUGACCCUAGGAUGGGCCCUGCGGUGAUGCUAAAGCUUACAGAACCGGGUCACGUUGGGAGCAUGUAGGGAGCCCUGAACCCAGUGAUAUAUUAACAGUUUGACUUCAGUCAACGUUCCAGGUCUGCUUCUCCCAAUACACAAUCACAAUACUUCUACCGGAUGAGGCAUAGUACGAGUACCAGAGUUACAGUAAUUUAUACGGAGAUAGAACAAACAUUAUGAAAUAUUGACAUGUUAUGUAUCAAUUCAUUGAAUGUUAACUGAUCCCUUGAGUUGUAGUUUGGGAGUUUAUUCACUAAAUAGUUAAUUGUGAUGAAAUACAAAACUGAAAUUUAAAAAUCUAAGCCACAAUUACUUCUCGUUAUUUAUAUUAGCAAAUAGUGUGUUUUGUUUUAAAAGUUGUUUGUUUUUCAAAUUCAUCCCAUUUAGUCUUGUGAAUUCAUACACAGUGUAGUUAAUAUAUUUAGAUUUAUUUAAUUUUAUGAAAUAUUUUACCAGCAUGGUCCACAAUACAUUGUGGUGAAAAUAUUGUUGUUAAUCUGAAACACUGACAGUAAUAAUUAUCAACUGAUAAAAUGUCAUUGAUACAUUUAUUACUUUAUAAGAUUGUGUUGUGUGUUUAGCAGCAGAUAUAACCAUUUGUGUGUCAGAGUUGGACUGUGUGCGGUGCUGGAAUUACAUUGUAUCCAGUGACUGAUAGGACAAUGUGUACCCAGUAUUGCACACCCACACAGGCACCCACCCACCCUCUACCUACCCAGAUCCUUUCGCUCACACAUUUGGUUUAGAAGUUUGUUUUGAGCAUCUGAGUGAGAGAAUUAAAGACAAGGAGGGGGUAAUCUGUCUGUUUACAUCCUGUUUGUACAUCAAAGGCCCCAGCAGAGUGUGUAAUACAGAGUAACAUGACCCCCGGACCCUUCCACACAAUGCCUGUCUAUUAGCAAACAUCAUUAUCCUCAUCAUUUGGCCACUCAAUGCAGAUCCCUGUCCCUUGAUCUUCAUCAAUAGUCUCUGCUCUUAAUGUCCCUGUCUUCAAGGAAUUGUUCAUUUAAAGGCCGGUUAUCCCUGGUUGUAAUUAUUAACCACAGCUCACAUUAUAGGCUGGCUGUACCCGCUCUCCUCCAUUAAAUGACUUUAACAAAUGUUGCCUCUGGCCAUUUCCAUCUUCUAGAAAGGCUUGCGAAAGAGCUUCUCGUUACAGCUCCUGGGGUCCACGACAACUACUGUCCCCAUCACUCCUGUUCGGAGUUCAGGCUACGACUCACAUUGCGAUUAAGAAAUCCAUUACAGGAAAUGUCUGACUCCCGAGCUGUGGUGUGGACAAUGUUCACCUAGGCAGUCAGUGGAAGCAUGAUGGGAGUACAAUCCAUGAUGACGUGUGUGUGUGUGGGGAGGGGGUUCUUGUAUUAAUGGGAUUGUUGCACCCUGUAAAGACACAUAUAUACCUGGCGCUAUAUAAAUAAUAAAAUAAUAAUAUAUGCGACCUGAGUGGGGGCUCACUGAAGGCAAGAUGCUGUGUUUUUGCCUCCUCUUGACUUUUUAGAAAUAUAUUUUUUGAUUCAUCUCCAUGUGAUUGGGGUUUAUAUAAAGUUUAAUCCAGACAUGGACCCUGUGCUCACUGCACCAAGUGGGUUAUCAUCUAUAUCUCACAGACGAGACAUAAAAUAGGUCAAAACGUUUAUCUGGAAAUUAUGCACCUGGGAACCUCAGGUUUAUGACUGUAGGAGUGAGAUUAUUCUCAUAUCCAAGGCAUAAAUGGCUAUAGUUUGGUAGGGGUAGUUUGUGUCUAUGCUCACUGCUCUGGUAAAUUCUUUUUUUUUUUUAUCAAUAUCUUUGCUCUGGUAAAUUCUAUUUAAAAUGAUGCUCAACAAGACUCAAUCUCGUCGACAAGUUGCCCUGUAUAAAUUCAUUAAUUCUUUGUACAACGCCGGCAUUAGCCCUCGUGCUGUUCAUUGUGAUAAAUACUCAAAAAAAGUGUUUUAAGAACUAUGAGAUCCUAUUUUACAGAGAUGUUGGUACAUACAGGGAACAGAUUUCCAGGAAAGGUGGAUGCAAUAGAAUGUUAGGGAAUGCAGAAAUGCUUAUUGUUAUCCCAAAACACAAAGACGGACGAAAAAUAGGCCUAUUUAUACCAAAAUGGCAUUUCUCUGAAGGCCAAUGAAAUAGUAGUUGGUUAUCUAUGUUUUUACAUAUAUGUUCAUACGAAGAAACCAAUAAGCCAAAAGAAAGUAUUCUCACAGGACUCCCAGUAAAUACUAUAUCAAUAAAGACACGUCCCAACAAACAAAAUCAACGUUAUGACCCAACUGCAUCUUUAUCAAGAUCUUGUAUAUAGAGAUGUCGCGAACUGUCCGCCGAACUGUUCGCGAACUGUCCGCCGGCGAACAAUAGCGUGUUCGCGUUGGGCGACCAUAUCCGAUUUCCGGUCCGCCCCCUAUACGUCAUCAUUGAGUAAACUUUGACCCGGAACCUCACAGCCAGCAGACACAUUCCACCCAAUCAGCAGCAGACCCUCCCUCCCAGGAAGUGUCUGCUGACUGUGAGGUACCGGGUUAAAGUUUACUCAAUGAUGACGUAUAGAGGGCGGACCGGAAAUCGGAUAUGUUCGCCCAACGCGAACACGCUAUUGUUCGCCGGCGGAAAGUUCGCGAACAGUUCGGCGGACAGUUCGCGACAUCUCUACUUGUAUACUGCCUGUGUGUGCUUUCUGUGCUGGGCACCAGGCAAGCACCCAGAUAUUGUUGAAUAUUUAGUAUUUCAAUAUGGAGUGAAGCCAGACCAGUGGACACACACACACACACACCUGUCUCUCUGCCUCUGUGUGUGUGUGUGUGUGUAUACAUAUGCAUUUGCAAUCAUUCUUUUAUUAGAAUGAUGGGCACAGCAUCCAAAUGCCAUAUUUGCCAAAUCUCUGCACUCACGAAAAUAUAAAUGAAAGAGCUCCGUAAUAUAUAUUGGAUGAUGUUCUUUCUCAAGUAUUUCUGCUAUUUCUUAUUCCGUUCCAGCAACUUCUGUUUUACUCAUUAAUCCCUGCGGUUAUUUAUUCGGAGAAUGGAUUUCAAUGAUGCAAACAAUUUAUGUGUAUUGGUGGUCUCAUGAAAAGGACUCCCAGCAGAGCUGGUCAGAGGCAUCUAGGCAAUUGAGAAAUGUGUGGUGUAGUCUUUCAGUUAUUCCAAUAAUAAAAAGUCAAAGACAUUAUUAAGAAAUAAUAUAACCCUUCCAACGCAGUUAACUAUUAAAUCAUAAAUCGCUGGUAAGACCACACCUUGAAUGCUGUGCAAUUUUGGGCACCUGUUCUAAAGAAGGAUGUUAUGGCACUAGAAAAAGAGGCGGGCUACGAUAUUAAUAAAAGGAAUGGAGCAUUUUAGCUAUGAAGAAAAGUUAAAAAAUGAAAACCUGUUUAGUUUAGAAAAACAGCACAUCAGAGGGGAUAUGAUAGCAUUGUACAAAUAUAUUUGGGGCUAAUACAAACCAUUGUCCGGAAAUCUAUUCACGAACAGGACUAUACAUGGGACACAAAGGCAUGUGUUUAGACUGGAAGAAAUGAGAUUUGGUCUGAGGCUAAGAAAAUGUAUUUUUACAGUAAGAGCAAUAAGGAUAUGGAAUUCUCUGCCUGAAGAGGUUGUUUAUCAGAGCCCAUACAGAUGUUUAAACUGCAAUUGGAUAAAUACUUGCAGAAACAUAACAUACAGGGGUAUAAUUUCUAUUUAGUGGGGUAAUAGCUGCUUGAUCCAAGGAGACAUCUGACUGCCAUUUUGGGGUCAAGAAGGAAUUUUUUCCUAGUUUGUUGCAAAAUUGGAAGCGCUUCAGACUGGGUUUUUUGCCUUCUUCUGGAUAAACAGCAAAAAUAUAUGUGAGGAAGGCUAAACUUGAUGGACACAAGUCUCUUUUCCGCUAUGUAACUAUGUAACUAUGCAUAGUGUCAGGAAUACAAAUGUGUAUUCCUGAUACUAUUCUUCUAAAUAGCAGUUUUGUCUCCUGCCACCCCCCCAACUCCAGUUAAAAAGGUGCUUUACUCACCUCUUUCUAGCACCUCGUGGGUCCGAUCAGCAUCUUCUCAUAGAGAUGCAUUGGCUCAAUACAUCUCUAUGGAGAAAGUCCAGCACCUCCAUGCAGAGUGUGGAGACAUUGCAUGUCCCACGCUCUGACCCAGGAAGCACCUCUAGUGUACAUUAAGCUGUAUACUAUACAUUAAGCUGUAUACUGUACAUUAAGCUGUAUCCCGUACAUUAAGCUUUAUACUGUACAUUAAGCUGUAUACUAUACAUUAAGCUGUAUACUGUACAUUAAGCUGUAUCCCGUACAUUAAGCUUUAUACUGUACAUUAAGCUGCAUACUAUACAUUAAGCUGUAUACUGUACAUUAAGCUGUAUUCUAUACAUUAAGCUUUAUACUGUACAUUAAGCUCUAUACUAUACAUUAAGCUGUAUACUGUACAUUAAGCUGUAUACCGUACAUUAAGCUGUAUACUAUACAUUAAGCUGUGUACCAUACAUUAAGCUGCAUACUAUACAUUAAGCUGUAUACUGUACAUUAAGCUAUAUACUAUACAUUAACCUGCAUAUUAUACAUUAAGCUGUAUAGCGUACAUUAAGCUGUAUACUAUACAUUAAGCUGCAUACUAUACAUUAAGCUGUGUACCAUACAUUAAGCUGCAUACUAUACAUUAAGCUGUAUACUGUACAUUAAGCUAUAUACUAUACAUUAAGCGGCAUAUUAUACAUUAAGCUGUAUAGCGUACAUUAAGCUGUAUACUAUACAUUAAGCUGCAUACUAUACAUUAAGCUGUAUAGCGUACAUUAAGCUGCAUGCCGUACAUUAAGCUGUAUAUUAUACAUUAAGCUGUAUACUAUACAUUAAGCUGUAUAGCGUACAUUAAGCUGCAUGCCAUACAUUAAGCUGUAUAUUAUACAUUAAGCUGUAUACUAUACAUUAAGCUGUAUAGCGUACAUUAAGCUGCAUGCCGUACAUUAAGCUGUAUAUUAUACAUUAAGCUGUAUACUAUACAUUAAGCUGAAUACUGUACAUUAAGCUGUAUACCGUACAUUAAGCUGUAUAUUAUACAUUAAGCUGUAUACUAUACAUUAAGCUGAAUACUGUACAUUAAGCUGCAUGCCGUACAUUAAGCUGUAUAUUAUACAUUAAGCUGUAUACUAUACAUUAAGCUGUAUACUAUACAUUAAGCUGUAUAGCGUACAUUAAGCUGUAUGCCGUACAUUAAGAUGUAUAUUAUACAUUAAGCUGUAUACUAUACAUUAAGCUGCAUACUAUACAUUAAGCUGCAUGCCGUACAUUAAGCUGUAUAUUAUACAUUAAGCUGUAUACUAUACAUUAAGCUGCAUGCCGUACAUUAAGCUGUAUAUUAUACAUUAAGCUGUAUACUAUACAUUAAGCUGAAUACUGUACAUUAAGCUGUAUACCGUACAUUAAGCUGUAUACUAUACAUUAAGCUGUAUAGCGUACAUUAAGCUGUAUGCCGUACAUUAAGAUGUAUAUUAUACAUUAAGCUGUAUACUAUACAUUAAGCUGCAUACUAUACAUUAAGCUGCAUGCCGUACAUUAAGCUGUAUAUUAUACAUUAAGCUGUAUACUAUACAUUAAGCUGAAUACUGUACAUUAAGCUGUAUACCGUACAUUAAGCUGUAUACUAUACAUUAAGCUGUAUAGCGUACAUUAAGCUGUAUACUAUACAUUAAGCUGAAUACUGUACAUUAAGCUGUAUACUAUACAUUAAGCUGAAUACUGUACAUUAAGCUGUAUACCGUACAUUAAGCUGUAUAUUAUACAUUAAGCUGUAUACUAUACAUUAAGCUGAAUACUGUACAUUAAGCUGCAUGCCGUACAUUAAGCUGUAUAUUAUACAUUAAGCUGUAUACUAUACAUUAAGCUGUAUACUAUACAUUAAGCUGUAUAGCGUACAUUAAGCUGUAUGCCGUACAUUAAGAUGUAUAUUAUACAUUAAGCUGUAUACUAUACAUUAAGCUGCAUACUAUACAUUAAGCUGCAUGCCGUACAUUAAGCUGUAUAUUAUACAUUAAGCUGUAUACUAUACAUUAAGCUGAAUACUGUACAUUAAGCUGUAUACCGUACAUUAAGCUGUAUACUAUACAUUAAGCUGAAUACUGUACAUUAAGCUGUAUACUAUACAUUAAGCUGCAGUUGGUCUGGUGACUAUAGUGUCCAUUUAAUGUAAAGCGGACUUUGUGCACUGUGUAAAUGCUCUUGCUGCUUCUGUCUCUAACAGUGUGACAUGUCCCCCCUUUUUUUUUCUUUUCCCCCUUAAUUAUUAAAAGCUAAGUGUUGAGGAAAGUCCUAUACAGAUUUCCCCUAAUCUGAUUUUACAUUAAAUUUGGCCGUGAUCUCUUAAAGCCACAGUAGGCACACAUUUACAAAAAUCUCCUGUGAACUCUGCUGAUGGCAAUAUUAUGAUAUACUGGUAAAAAUGUCAUGUGAUAACUAACUCUAGAUACAUAGUGAUACAUACCGGCUUUAAAGGUAGUUCCUGCUCCCCUCCCAGAGAUCUUAUGUCUCUAGAAUUGACUGAUUUAAUUUAACGAAGCAAACUGUGUAGCUUCCUUUCAGACUGUUUAUCAAGGCUGUGAAGUAGUGGUGGUAUCCAGUAGUUAACAUUUUAUGUGAGAUUGGGCCAUGGCGUGAAGGACGAAUGUGCUAUAAAUGAUGGCGGAAUGAAAAUACAUUUUGUUAGCUGGAUAGAUAAAUCCAUGUCGAUAUGGCUUUUCAUUGUUUUCUUAGUCAGCUCCCCCUGAAAUUGAAACAGUGUGAAAUAAUAAAGUGCAUUAUCACCAGGGAGAUCUGGGGUUUAAUUCCCAUGGUCUGGUAUAAGGACGUGGGAGAUCUGUGCUUCCACUGGCUCAGAUCUCUAUUUGUGGCUUCUCUUUGCUGAUGUUCUGUAGUUGGGACUCAGGGACAUGGACCUGAUGCCAUAUCAAGACACUCACAGCCAGUAAUUCCUCUCACCAGGACGGGUGGUGUGUGCCACCAGAAGUACAAAUUGUUUCAACCUCAUCGUAGCUUCUAACCUUUUACUCAGGACAGUCCUGAUGUGAAAGCCUUGUUUGGUGAAGUCAUGUCUUCCAGUGAUUUUCUUCUUCUAUGGGUCAUUGGAGAUGAAUAGAUUGUGUUGGCUUAUCAGUGAUGGUCCAUGUCGUGUCAGCUCAUAUUCACUUGUGCGGCUGGUUUGAAAGCACAGUACUUCUCAUCCUAGAGACUACUGAGAGAAUUUGGGACUGGAGGACAGUUAAAACAUUCAUUUUGGAGUUACACCUCUGUUUGUUUAUACAGUUUGUAUUCUGUAGACUCAGUCAGGUACUUACCAAACACAUCACAUUUACAGGUGCUCCAAAAGUCACUUCUCAUGGUAUCAGUCUUUUGUCCCCUUCUCAUUAGUCUGAGUUCUUAUGACGUCAGAGUGACCGAUUCUAGGAUGUGAUCUCAAUACACAACAUGAUCAUACAUUGUGACUGGACGUCAUCAUUAUCUCUGAGUCCAUCGUAUCAGAAUAGAUGAGACAAAGUCCUAUUAUUGCUCUUUCCAAUGGACAUACUUCUGUUUUUACCUUCUGAUCUGUGUUGACAUACCUGGAAAGAUAUACAAUACACAAAGUAAGCUGAUAUCUCUGUAUUUUUAUUCCUAUUGAGAAAGGGAAAAAAAAUAAUUUUUUUAGAUAUAAGAGAAUGGGAGAAUCCCCCAAAAAACAGUUAAGAAAAUGUUGACCACAAAUCUGCUCUAGAGUUUCUCUGGAGACCAGUGACCUGGAAGUCAGUAAAUAUGUGCGAUACCUGGGGAUUUGUGUUGAUGGAGUAUAGAAUCCAUUGGACUGUUGGAACCUGAGGAGGUAUUAUAGAAGCAAGUUCAAUUGUUCCACUGCUGCUCAGACAGGUCACAUUGUCUCAUUGAGUAUCAUCAAUGUGGAUUGUUCAGUCCACUCGAAGAGAUAUAAAUGUAGUAGAGGGAGAUCUAUCUUAUUGAAAUAGAACUUCUCCCAUUAUUUUACGGGGUUUAUGUACAAAUGAGUUCACUGUCUCAGGCCAUUCCAGAUACCUCCUUCAUGCAAACAAUACUCUGCCUAUGUUGUGGAAGAUGAAACUGUAGGGGCCAAAACAUCCAGUGAUGCCUCCAGGUGGAUCAAAAGCUGGACCUUGAUUUUUUAAAACUGUACAUCUUUCCAGUUUAUCAGUAAAUAACCACCAGAUGGCUAAAUCCGGAGAAAGCACGAUUCAUAGCUUUAUGAUAAUUUUUCAUAGUUUUGUUAAUCAAGCAGAAUUCUUAAUGUCAUUUUGCUUCUAGAUAUCUGUGUGUGCCAACCUCUCCAUUAAAUUUUAUAUUUAUUAAUGAACAUUUUUAAUAAUUAUUCCAAGUCAGGAGACAUGAAUUAAAAUGUUUUGCCAGUGUACGGAUUUUAUUGGUAGUAUUUUUUAUAUGAGUUCACUUGAGAUGUUUUAUUAUAAACUCAGGUUGGACGCAGGACGCCAUUUAAAUUAUGAUGAAUUAAGUGUUAGUAUGUUAUUUGUGCCAAAUUGCCCGUACAGUCAGCGUUUGCAGCUUCUGCCAGAAUUGAAUACACUGACUUCUACAUCAGAUAUCUGGAAAAGUUUUUUGUGUAUGGGUACAGUUUAGAUUUGUCAAAAGAAAAAUAUGCCAGUAAAAGUUGGUGAGGACAGAGUGUGAUUUUUUUUAAUACAGAACUAACUUAAAAUAGAGGUUUCUGGUAGAAGGAGAAGAUUUCUAAGAGAAUAUGGGUGAUUUCUCAGGGCAGAUUCUUGGUGUCAGAGAUUGACAGAUUCUUGGGAUGUUAGGGCAGAUUUUCAUAUUAUCUCUGAAUAUCCGGAUUCUUUGCAGGGAAUUGAAGAAAUUAGUUGGGGCUAUAUAAAUACCAAUAAUUAAUAAUAGAAAAGGGCAGAUUCUAAAUGUGUCAAAGAGCAGCUUGUCAGGGUAAAUGUGCAAAGUUUCAGGGCGAACGAAUGUGCAGAUUCAAAGGGUCUGAGGAUGAAUGGGCAGAUUCUCAGAGUAAAUGAGCAGAUUCCCAUUAAAAACAUUCUAGCAAUGUCACUUUCUAAAUCUAGGAGCCGUUAUCAGGAUUGUUCAAAGUGAAUUUUAUCUCCAAAGUAACCAAACCGUGAGCAUAACUGACUUGGACAAUUUGUCUGGUUUGGCUGUUUUGAUGUUAAAUUUUUAAUUCACUUUGAAUUGACUUUGCAUUCUGACUUUAGUAACACUGUAUGGUAGGCCACUCCUGUCUCUCUUCCGCACCCACCUUUAUAGAUCAAAAAAGACCCUUAUCCACUGAUUACGUGGUCCGUGGCUUGUGGCCAGUAAAAAUACUCAGCUAUCAAAGUUGGCAAAAGAUUACUCGGCGUCUCCCAAAUGGGAUAUGGAAGGGUUAAUAUAAUGAAGGGUCUCUGGGUCAGCAAGUCCAGGUGCAUUUAUGCUUAAUCGUUUUCCUUAUCCAGUUGAUUUUUAAUCACUUAGAUGAAUAGUAUUUCGUAAUGUUUUGUUAAAAGCCUUGCGUUGGAAACCGCAGGGGAUCGCAGUUUGAAAUAGUUUUUAACCUCAUUAGCUGAUUCACAGACAGCUGUAACGUCAUUCUCUUGGCAUUCUUUGUUUUAAAUUGACCAAGCAUUUCAUUGUAUGAUUUUACAGUCUGCCCGGUACUCGGAACGUGCACAGAGGGGAUUAUAUACUAAACAGUGAGUUAUAAGGAGUGUCAUGGGAAGGUGAAGCUGAAUUUGCUAAAUUUAUACUAACAUGGUUCAGAUAAAAAUAUACUACUCAGCUACAUGACUAAAGUUGUGAUUUUGUUUUUCGCUUCACUGUUUAGUACAUAACCCCCAUUCACAAGCCAAAUCUACUUAAAAAUUUAACUGUUUUCGAUGGAGUACCCCUAGGCAAAUGGCCUAGAUCUGGUGAUUUUUCAAUUAAAAUGGAUUUACAUUGGGAGACUCUCUUGGACAGCAUGGGCAGACAGAUGAGCUCAAGCUGUACAAGUACUUGGAUGGCUCAAUGGGAAAUCCAUGGUUCCCCAAAGGACAUCAUUGAGUAGGGGGUGGAACCUAAGUGCUGUAGAUUUACCCAAACAUAAAGAAACCAACAAGCAUUUCAAAGGUAGAUUUUCAGAGACCGUUUUAUUGCACCAUAACCACUCAAUAGGCUUUAAUGUUUGUUGUGUUUGGAUUGCCCUUUAAGCAUUGCUUCUGCAGCAGCGGUAGGGGGCAUAUAAAACACUAAUUGGAUGUAUCCAUCCCAUGACCAUGCUAUCCUAGCCAAGACUUGUUACAGCUGGCCCGGACUAUCUCAGGAGGUACAGCAGAGAAAGGCACAGGAAGGUAGAAUUUUGCAGCGUUAAAUAGUACAAACUAAUUACGAUAAUAUUUUCCAAGUCAUUCUGCUGUUUAAAAUAUGAAAUAAAUUGAGGGUAAAAUUAAUAGAAACAAUAAUCUUGAAGAGAACAAGUCCUCUUGUUUUAUAUUUUGGUAAAGUCAUGUGUUUGCAUUAGACUUGUUACUAGAUAUCAUGUGUUGUAUUCAUUACUGAAAAUUUUAUUAAAGCGGAAAUGGAAUGAUUUUUUUCAGCUGCGGCUCAGACUAUCCUGGACACUUGCUGCACAAGUGGGAACGAUUGGGCGAAUCAGAAGAAGGCAUGCGGCUCUCUGCCCACUGUGUCGGACAGCUUGGACUGUCGGUGAGUGGACAGGCUGCGCGGAUCCUAACAUACUGUAUUAAAUUAGCCCCUGGUGCUGAAACGUUAACCGGGACAGGCCGUGGGCCAUUAUUUCUUGUUAAAACCCAUAUUAUCCAACAAACAAGAAUAAUAUUUAUUUAUUAUAAAAAUAAAAACUGCUUUUUCAUCGUCUUUGUUUAAUUGAAUUAAAUUGAAUAAAUUAAUGUCAUACUUUAUUAACCUGGAUCAUGUGACACCAGGAGAGACCAGUGAUAGGUCUCAUGUCUUUUUUGUUGUUGCUACAGGAUAUUUUGUUUUGACGUUUAUUCAUUGCUUUGUGUUGUUUUUUCGUGAAUAUGGUUAAUUAGCUAUAAGUGCUCGGAUAAUUGACCAAUCUGUUAUCCUGUUAUGGCUUUUAAUUAAUAUCCUGCCUGGGUGUAGCACCUCACGUUCGAUAGAACACUCGGAGCUAAGGAUCGUUUUAAAUUCACACCAAUGAUACAAAUGUUAACAUUUUUCCAAUGGCCAAAUUGAUGAAAGUUCGACAAUGCAAUUUACACAGAGUUGUUCACUAAAGUGUGAAUUAAUGGGAAUUCAAAGUGAAUUCAGGAUGAAUUUUAGACCAAAGAAGGAAAACUAGACACAUAACUGACUUGGAGAUGUUUUUCAGUUUGGUUAUUAUGGCCUUAAAUUUGAAAUUCACACUUUAGUGAAUACGUCUGACAGAGUUCAUAGGUCUGUACUGGCGUCUGGCGCUACGCUGCCGGGGCCAUAAUUUCAUACUGAAUGGCUGUCGGCCAGCUGGACCUCCAAAUAACAAGCCACAUGUCCACAGUAGAGUGUACCUUGAGUAUACUCAGUCAGUGGGCAUGUAUGGGAGCCUGGCAGGGCCAAUUUAUCAGGUGCUAGAAGCUCUGAAUCCAACGUAUUCCAAUUAUAGUGUGUGAAGAUUGUCCAAAGCCAGAAGAUAGAAUGCUUAGUGUGUACAUUGGCAUGUAACAUGUUUAGGGCGGGGUAACGAUCCUCAUCUGAUGUAAAUCUAAACUUGCUGUUUGUAUAUAUGUCGGCUGCGUGCUGUCGAUAGGUCUAUUGCAUAUUUGAGGGCAUUAGUAGACUGUGUUGCCUCUUCCAUUGACUAGGACAGGCACUGCAGAUGUUUUGGACUACACCUCCCAUGAGGCUUUGCCAGCAUUAUGGGUGUAAGAGCAUUAUGGGGGUGUAGUCCACAACAUCUAGGACAUUCCAGGCACUAAUAUCAGCCCAUUGGCUGCUGGGCCCCCUUUCCUACAUGACAAAAACCCAUAAAAGUGGCCCAGACAUUCGCUAUGACACGGCCAAGUUGCCAUCUCUGCUCUCAGUUUAGGGAUUUUUGGUUCACAAUAUGGGUUCAGUCUGGUAGUUGGAUUAUGUUUACACAAACCUUGUUAUCACUAAAGUGAGUAUUGGGUUUUCUUUAAUUUAUUUGGUUCUUUUUAAGUAAAGUCAUAAAUAUGUUAAAAUACCUUUUUAAUUCUGCUUUAUUUGCUUCAUAAAUAAUACAUUUAAUGCACUAAUGCUAUCUAAUAUCUUGUAUAAAAAAGGCACAUGUUUUGUGUGCCCGCUCUAAUGAAAAGAGCUGUGUACGCGUUUGUGAAUGAACCCGGAUAGUGCCCGAUGAAUUUGAAGGGUGAUCCAGACUUGAAAACUUCCCUGACAUCAGCCAAAUAUCCUUAAAGGGUCACUCCAUGGCGUCAUAACUACUACAGCCUUCUCCAUGUACCAUGACCACUUCAAAUCGCAGGUGAUUACGGUGCUUGGAGUGUCCCAUUACAUUUAGUCAAUAAACGCACUGUUUAUAUCAAUUCAUUGGCAGGAUCCACCCAUAUUCAGCUUAAAGGAACUCAUUUCACAUCCAGGUCUAAAGCAGAUGUUCUGACCCUCUUCUGGUUCGAAUUACCUAAAAGAUAAAAGUAUUCUUUGUGCCCACGGGCCUUUCUGUUCCUGAAAAUUAUUACCUGAUCCUCAUAAAUCCCCCAGAGAUGUUACAAGUUUUCCUUCAGAAUGGAAAGUUUAGGAUAUGGGUGAAACUUGCAUCUUCUGCAAAAUGUUGGAAUUCUAUAAACUCUACGUCUCCUGAUUUGACUCCAGGCUCUUCUGGUUCUUAAUUAAAAAAUAAUCUGUUUGAACAUUAUACAAAAUAACUAUAUUUUAUUGAUAGCAGAGGAAGGAAGCAAACAUUCUUACCACCUCCCUAUAAAUCUUUGCUUUUUUAGUAUCCUGACCCUGGGAAAGGAGGACAUCAAAAGGAUGUAGAGAGGAAACCUUUUGGCUCUGUGAGAGCAGCCGGGGUCUAAUAAAUACCAGAAACAUCUAGUUUGACUUUGCACUUUUCCCCUGAAAGUAAUUGGUGAUAACAUUGUCUAGGUCCAUCCUUUACCAUGUCAGGCAUCGUAAUAGGGCGUCAUUGACCACCGCAGAAUAAAUAUUAUAAAGCUAGACUUGUGAAAUCCACAAGGACUUCCCAGAUAAAUAUAAUUUCUGAAUGGACCACACAAGAAAACAUUGCAGUAUGUGUUACGGAAAGGUAGGGCAACUGUUACGUUAACUGACGGCAGAGAGUCAGGACAAACAGAUGUUUUUUUUUUUUGUCAAUGUCGUAUUUAUUCAUUUUCAUUUUAGGUACGGUUAGCAAUGGAUUAUCUGGAAAACUUGAGCAAUCUUAGCAAUAUUCUAUCUAACAGAAUCUCUUGCUUUCAUUUAUAACUGUUAAACAAUGUCACAUAAUAAAUGUUGCAUAGGUUUUCCAAUAUUGCUGUGAUCUCAACUUGGACAAGCACCUAGAUUUACAAAAACAAGGUCUCCAGGCACUCAAGGUAUUCAAGCCGUAGGCAGAUUUAUUGGUCUGAAAACAUGGAAGUCUUUGUCAAGCUCGUUGCAGGUCGAAUCGUUGCUGCUCUUUCAUGUUUUUGAACCAAUAAAUCUGCCUAUGGCUUGAACACUUUGAGUGCCUGGAGACCUUCUUUUUGUCUGCCUGAUCGUUGGGAUUGCUAGUCCUGCUCCAGUGCCCCUGGUGUUCACUGGGAUUGAGUGCAGCUAAAGUUGUUUUGCCAAAAUCCCACCUGCAAAGACCCAGGUCAAUAACAAUGGUCUUAUCAAUCUUGUCUAUGUAUUGGACAGUCUCCCAGAUCCUUAACAAUAAUUUUAUCAAUCUUGUCAAGAUCUUGUUAAUCUUGUUCACAUCCCAAGUAUUUUGGGAACCAAGUAUUAGUAAAUCUUAAUCCCAUUCUAAAUUCUAUUAGGAGCGUGUUGUCUCUAAACCUUGGCACUAUAUAUUUCUACUUGUAGAAUCACGCAGGAUAGAGAUAAAAGUGUUGCUUCAUUGAUUUACUUUAAAGCAUUAAUAGUUUUGUUAGUAAUUCAUUUCAGAUGACUUGUUAAUCUUCUUGUCCAUUUUCCUAAUUUAAUUUGUUUUAUGCAGAUAUCACGUGUUUGUUUCUGAUUAACUGUCCUUGAAAUUCGGCAUUCACAUCCUUUACAUAUAUUGAGCAAUAGUCAAAUCGUGCUCCUUUAUCCCAUUGGGAGCAAUUUAUCUGAGAUGUAAAAUGUACAUUAGUUAAUAUGGUUCUGCCCUUAUAAGGCAAAGCCUGAAUUAAUCCUGUUUUAUCAUCAAGAACAACACAAAUAUCGGUGAAUUUAGUUUCAAAGUCCAGUUUUCCAGGGAGCAAUUAUCUUCCUGAUCCAGAGACAGACUGAGAGUGACGAAUAAUAAUUCCUUUUAUACUGCUAUGUACCUGUAUAAUUAACCGGCAUCGAAAUAAGCAUUACACAACAUGCAGACACGACUCCAUCAAAUCAUUCAGAGAUUUUCCACCAUCCUCUGAGCCCGUGUCCUCCUAAACCAUUCUGACUCCUCUCUCUCUAAUCCAAUCAAGUGCUAUUUCAUUGUGCGCUUCCCUCCUGCCAGUUAGCCCAGACAUGGUGCCAUGUAUUACAAUAAAAGCAGUUUAUAAUAAACCCAAAGGUGUUUUUACCCUAAAUGAUCUAAAACCAGAGAUGAGGGCGUCUGUGGAUAGAUGACCUCAGAGACACAAGAUGGUUAUUUUUGUACUUCGAUUGGUGUGUUUUUAGGGAAUAUUCAGAUAUUCUGUGUGUUUUGUGGACUCUGUAUUCGUAAAUGGUAUAAGUAGGCCUACCUUUCUUUACUGAAAGUGAAACUUUUUUCUUUUUUGUAAAUUAAGCUUUUAUUGUUUUACAACAAAUUAGUAAGUACGAGAAAGGGACACGCAGGUCCUCGGUUGUGACUAUGACAGAUACAAAGAAAAACAAAAAGGCAGUUUUGUUAGCCACACAGGGCUAAAAUAAGGUUCAUAAAGAGGAACGUGGACACACGGGUCCCACAAGUGAUAUCUUUAUUUUAAUUCUUUAUUUUGGUUGUGCUGAGAUGGUACAAACAGGCUUCCAAUGACACACUAGCCAGAACGAGUUAAUCAAUUUGCAUAAAAAACCAAUUGUAUAGCAUUGGGUAUCACAGCACUUUUUGUUUUGUUUUGUUAAGAUGAGGGAUAAUAAGCUAAGCCUACAGAGUAUCAAACAAUGGUUCCACCGCAAGUGAUUGUCAAAGUAGGGGAUGAGAGAGUCCAGCCCACCACCUAGGCCUGAACUAACCUAACACGUGAACUGAAAAUUUAACAAAAAAAUAUUAAACAAACAUGCUAUCUCAGCUAAGAGGGGAGAUGAAUAGUUGCCGAGCUGCAUUCCUCAAUGUUAAAAAGAGUUCAGAUACAGAGGGAGAUAGAGCAGUGUAUCCUAUGUGUCUCCCAUGCCUCUUUCAGCCGAUGCCUAUUAUGGGCAAAGUGCAGCCACUCACUAUGGCACAGGUCAGCGGACCCGGAGUCAGAGACAGUGGCAGGAUAUCACCUGAGCGGUAUGUCAGUCCCUGUGCUGUCAGCUGAUGUUCUCUCUUAGCUUGAAGCCUUCCCAGGGCUCUCUGUUGAGGUCGGCAGCUGCAAGUAAUCUUUUGUUCUGUGUUUCUUGAGGCGGGCUACCACAGUAACCGCAGCCAUGUGAUGGAUCCUGGUACGCCAGGGUCACUGAGCAGGUAAGCAUGGUAGUUUGGCUGGUGAUACAGGCUGGAGGUAUUUUUGGAACAGGUCCUGCCAGAAUUCCUCCCGGAGGCAGUUCAUUUGCUGCAGAUCACCGCGCCCUCCCUCCUGUUGAGCCCAGGAAAAUGCAACCUCUGCCAUAUUGGGUUGUUCUUGCUUAAGUGCCCUUACGGUGGGCACCAGGAUCACCCCCGGUCCAUAGAGGGGGGUAGCGGGGCUUCAACUUCAUGAUAUUGUAGGCCCGCGUGCAUGGGGAUGGGAGAUUGGCCCCUCUCCCCGUCACAACGCCCGCUAGGCCUUGUGUAGAUUGCCACCUGGGUGACCACAGACCAUUACCGGAGGCAAUCCCAAGCCGGUCAGUCAAUGCAGGGUGCCAAGAAGGCUUACUAUGUUCAAGAUGUGUAAACACAAGUUCUGGCAACUGAACUAAUUCGUUUAGGACUUGAAGAGUGUUCAGAAAACACGACCAGUCGCCAUUGCAGUCAGGCCCGCCCCCCACAAGAGAUAUCAAAGCCAUUAAUACAAAACAUAAAUUAUAACACAGGUUAAAUCAGUUAGACCAUAUGUGAAUAUAACACAUCCUGGGCCCCGAAGGAGCGGAAGUGAAAUAUCAAUGUGUAUAUAUAUAUAUAUAUACGGAAUCUGUUGGCGCUAUAUAAAUGGUAAUAAUAAUAAUAUGCAUCACUCAACCAAAAAUAGACUUUUGCCCUCAAUUUGGUGGGCAUUUAAAUCCUGUGCUAUUACAGCAGGUGGUAACCUAUUUGCGUUUAGUAACUUAGCAAUGAUGAACCUUGAACACAUUGAGACUCAAACUGCAUGUUAUCUGUGAAAGCCUUCUCCACGUCUGAAGACCUCUCAUUAUUCCUCCCUGGACGAGUUAAUCUGGAACGUCCCCAAAUCCGGUCGAAAUUUCAGUGUUUCAUUAUUUUGUUGUUGUCACUUUGCCUAAUGUUAGAACGUAACAUGAAGCUAACGAGUACCCUUGUUUUGUUACUAUGUAGCACCCAUAGUUUUCAGUCAUUUUAGAUUGUCUUGAAAUGAAAGAUUUUAAUAAUGAUAAUUUAUUUAUAUAAUUUCAUCUCUUUAGAAUCACCCAGGAGCAAUGCUGCAUGAACCAAUUGGAGGAACUGCAUUGCACCACUGGAAUAAACAUUGCCAGUGAGAAGGACAGCUGUGAGCUCAAAGAAGAAAAAACUUCUGUCUUCGAAUCUCGCUUUAUAAAGGUAAGGCAGGAUACUCGAUAUUACUAUAGACUUAGUCCUGGAUUUUGUAAAAAGAAAAGGUAGCUAAAUCCAUGAUUUCAUUGAGCCAGUGUUGGUCUUACUAUAUGUUUUGUCCUGUAUACAAUGUCACUGUAUGCCAUUUAAGUGUUGGUCUUACUAUAUGUUUUGUCCUGUAUACAAUGUCACUGUAUGCCAUUUAAGUGUUGGUCUUACUAUUUGUUUUGUCCUGUAUACAAUGUCACUGUAUGCCAUUUGAGAAUACAUUGGAUCACUGCGUACAGAGCGCCAAAAAUGCUCAAAUUCUGGCCUCCGUUUCAUAUUCUGAAUGAGUUUUUCAAAUGAUUUAAUUUUGUGGGAAAACCUUUAAAAUUACUUACUAUUUAAAAUGUAUGUUAAUAUUUUGAUAUUUUGAUACUAAAAUUUCUAUUUAUAUUUUUUUUAUAUUUUAAUAUUUUGAAAAAAACAUUUGUAUUGUUUUUUUUUUUUAAACUAAAGCAAGGCCAAAGUUGGCUAAAUAAAAUGGUGCAGAGUGUUGGAACACCGUGUUAGCUGCGUCUUAAAGCACCAUUGUGUUGUAAUUAAAUAACAAUAUCCCAGAGUGCCACAGCAGGAUAUUACUUGUGUUUCUUUAUAUUUGAUUUAAAAUGGAAAUCUUGUUUUCAACAGCGAUGCUGUGACUGCUGCCUGCUGGGAAAAACAGCGCAUGUGCAAGGACGGAUCUGCGAGCAGAGCAUUUAUCUGGGAUACCAGUGUGGUCUGGUGUUCAGGGCCUGCUGUGAAAAAGCUCAGGAAGGGUCUAAUGUCCCGGGCAAUGGAAUUAGGGAUGAAGGUACAGUAUUGAACACAACAAUAACAGCCGUUUAAGUAGACUAGCACUUACGUUAGCAUUAACACUGUCAUAGCUUUGUUUUUUGAAUAAUAAAAUGUUUACUUUUAUUCUGUAUAAUGAUAGUGUGUUCUUUAUUCUACUGACUCCCUUUUCAAGCUAAUAUUUUGACGCUGUAUUUAACUUGUGUGGGACCAUAGACCAUCAUGGGCUUUCUUUUCGUGGCUGUGUGGUAAGAUGGUUAAAGGAACACUCAAAGUAUUCUAACCACUACCGUGCACGCUAGAGGUUCUGGUGCUGGCACGCUAGAGGUUCUGGUGGCUCGUAUAUAAGUUUUCAAACCGUUUGGUCAGCAGGCUACGCAGGGAUCUGGUCACCUCGGAGUUAGAGAGUUGGAAGCUCUCUGCAUUGAGCUAAUCCAAGCACAGCAUCAGCACUCUCAGCCAAUGCUAGCCCGGCAUGAUAGGAUUUAGCUCAGGAGAGCUUACAAAAGCUCCAUGCAAUAGUAUCAAUAGUAUCUGGCUAUCCAUAGAGACCGCCUCGCCUGUUUACAGUGAGAGGUUGACACGGCACUCCUAACACUGUAACCAUUACAACGUGCUGAUUUUGUUAUGGUGUUUGGGGUGUCCCUUUAACUGUCGUCCAGUGCAAGAUGACCUUGUGAUUGUGCCUUUGCUUGUUGUUAGAAAGAUAGAUAGUUUAUACAGUAACAUGGGAGUAACGUUAAAAAAGGGGAUACAUAACAAUCCGAGAACAUCCCUUUAGAAAUGUACGGAAAUGCUAAAUUUGUUAUAUAUGCUAAAAAAGUCUUAGAUGCCGAACAAAACGAAAACAUUGAACAUUAUAAAGACGGUUUGGAAAGUCCGAUAGUUCUAAUAUGAACAAUGAAAUUACCCUCUGUAACACAAAUAGACUCCGACACUACAUCAGAAAUGUUCCAGGAAUGGGAGAUUUCAGGCUAGAACAGCUGAGCUGGAAACAUAGAUUCAUGUCAAAAAUAAUUUCAAUUAAUCUAUAAAUUUGCAAUUUUUGGUCAAUUUUCAGCAAUGAAUUAAGAGGAGAGUUUGCCAUCUCCCAGCUUUAUCCUGAAGGGCUUGUUUUACUCUAAUACUGUAUACAUCGCUCCUAUCAUUUUACAUUGAUGGCUUUUAUAAAUAAUUCCAUAAUCCCAUCAGCAUCCAGGUACAGGUUAGCUGUUAUCGCAGGUAACUAUGGGAUUUCAGCUUUAAAAAAAAAAAAAAAAAAUUGAAUUCUUUAUUUUUGCAGUGCAAAUAUAUAACACAAGCUGGCGAGAGGUGCCCCAAAAGCAGUCCUCUAGCUUUUCCCACGCUUAACAUGCGGGGUACAUGAAUAACAGGCACCAUUUUAUGUUUUAAUCAGGUUUAAGCAUUUAGAUUUAAGAGUAGAGUGAAAAUAUAAUUAAGUUAGGUCGAUGCAAUAACCAUGAAUGAUCCAAUUAAUGCAAUUACACGUCUGUCAAGUGUUGUCUCGGAGUUAUCUAGACAUAAUUGUGGCUAUGCUGCUUCUGUAGCUAUCAAGGUCUGAUACAGGUUUUAACUUAGCAGGGUGAGCAAUAAUCGGUGCCUAAGCCAAGUGUACUGAACAGGGUCAGCUAAGCCCUUAAGAUCAAGUGCUAGGACUACUAAGGUAGAAUGAAUGUGGGCUCUAUGGGCUGUGUAGGGCAUUACUUGGCCUUCCAAGCCAAAUUAAGCUAACUGAUGUUUAUGUGUAUCAACAUAUCUACCAUAUGGGUGUCAUGAGAGAGGCAUCGUGUCAUAGAGCCAUACUGGUUGUAGUGGGAAUGUCCGUGUGGUCGCCUCGAAGUUCAAGCCUUGGGCCCUUGGAGUUGCGGUCACGACCAAUUAAGUCCUCGUGUCUAGGGGUAUGGUAUACUAUAGUCAAAGUUCCAGGGGCAUGGGAGUGCGUCCCGUUCAUCCGAUUCCCUCCAGUGGUAAGUAGUCAGGGCUCUUCCGCUGGUCUUGGGGGUCUGCAUCUGGGUGGUGAAGGUGGAAGAGGUUCAGUGGGUACUGUCCCAACCCCGUCGGUUGUGCCCGGUCCCAGUGUGUAGUGGGGUGACGUUCCUGUAAGGUCCUCUCCGCUUGCCUUGAUGGUAGGCUGGGUUGUUGAUGCGGCUUGUUGGCACCAUCGGCUGGGUUGAUUGCGUGGGGUUGCGGUCCCACAGGGGGCCUUGCUUCUUUCGGCACCAUUUUCGGGCUCUGGUUGCUGGAGGGAGUUUGCGUCCGCAUUGGGAACGUGCCGGCAACACCUUGGGAUGGGUUCACGUUUCAAGAGUGGGGUUUGCCCCGUCUCUCCCAUUGCCUUUGCGUGCCGGGUCCUGCAACUUCCCAUCGGCUGAAGGUUCUGUGCCUGGGGACUGCAGUAGGGCCUCCAGCCUCUCCCAGACUGCCCUGAACAUGCGCUCGUACCUGAGCUGUAGCUUGGCGUUUUGUUGCCGUUUGAGCAGCUUAAUGUCGUUUUUUCAGAAACUGGUCGCAGGAGCUGAUAAGGAUUGCUGCCGCUCAGCUCUGCUGCCCGGCCCUGCCCCCUGGGAUUUCAGCUUUUAAUAGGGAAUUAACCUUAACAGCCAAUUAAGAAUUAAGAGAACUAUCAGGAACAAUUCAAAAUGGCUCAAAUGUGUAACAUUUUAACCAUACUUGUCUGUUAGGGAACAGUGAAAGUAUGGACUUGCCUUAACAGAAAUCAAUUUCUAUAACUUUCAUUUAAAAAGUUAAAUAAAAAAUUCUUACUGAAAAAUAAAUAUAUGUUUAUUAUUAAUAUUUAAACUGAUUAUCACAAUGAUAUGAAUGCAAACAAAGAUGGCCUCUAAUUUGAAGACGUUUAAAUAUAUAUUUUGGCAUGUGUAGUGAGCCAGACGUAGAUAGACAGACAGACAGACAGAUAACCUGUGGGUCUUAAUAUGUUCUGGAAAGACCCCGAAAGUUCCAUACCUGCAAAUAAUGUCUUCUUUGUUUUGUAUCAAUCAUUUGUGCUGGAAUUCCAGUGAUAUUCUAACGCAGUCAAUAUGAGUAUUUUAUAUAAAUUAUAUCUGAAAUAUUAAAUACUGAUAAAUUAUAUUGUGGUGAUAAAGACUAUUUAAUAGACACAAUAAUAACAUGAGUUAAUGAAUUAAUAAGCACUGGUCACUGGGGAGCACAGGUGCUUUUACGAUCAAUAUUUAAGGUGGUCCACCUCUUAAGAUUGAUUUCUGAAAAAAACAAAACUAUUAAUUAAAUAGUCAUUUUGUGGGACAGAGAAACAAACCAAAAUACAUUUUACAUUUAUUUUAGAAUAUUUCGACAUUUUAAAAUCUUGUCUAAUAAAAUCUCUUUUCCCUCCAGCAAACCCCCCAUUAGUACCUCACUCGGAUAACGAAGACCCUUUGCUGAAUGAUCGCUGUAGAGGUGAGUGAUCUGUGAAUUGGAGUCAUGAUCUGCUCAGCAUUCUGCCGAGUACCUCAAAUUACAGAAAAUAGCUUUGUGGUGUAUUUAUUUAACCCCUUAAGGACCAAACUUCUGGAAUAAAAGGCAAUCAUGAUAUGUCACACAUAUCAUGUGUCCUUAAGGGGUUAAUAGUGUAUUGUGGUGAGCUGAUACCCGGGCUGGUUCUUUCUUCAACUUUUAUUUUUGGCUACUUUGGUCUUAAUUUCAAGGUGGAAACUCAAUAAACCCCUAAAUCUGUGCACAGGGCAGAAUUAAAAUGUUAAUUUGCAAGUUACUAUAUACACAUAAUACUGCUGGUAUAUCAGAUAAGAGCUGAGAGUUUGUCACUUUAUACAAUGCUAAUAAUAAAAUGUUCCCCGCAUUGCUGGUGGCAUUGUAUUUUUAGUGUUGUAUCAUUUUCAGUUUCGUACAAUCCAGUGUUUAAUGAAUUAAUCCCAAUAUGUUAAAUGACCGCAGGGAAUGUGUUUGGAUCUAAAAGUCUCCAAAGGUAAAGAUGUGGAACCGCACUCAGUCCCUUAAUUCCGGGUGCAACCGGAUCGGUCACAGUACCAUGCAACCAGUUAAAAAAUGUAACAGAAGAAGAAAGGUCCAGGCACUCCAGAAAUCAAACAGGUUGCCAAUUUAUUGAACCCACAGCCAAAGCAACUUUUUGACCAACAAAGACCUUGACAAAGACCAGGUUGGUUGAAACGUUGCAUUGGCUGUGGUUUAAUAAAUUGCAUAUUUGUUUGAUUUCUGAAGUGCCUGGUCCUUCCUUCUUCUGUUACAUGGAUCUAAAAGUCUGUGAUUUUGUGUAAUUACUGUUUGGAAGAAUCCCCUCGGGUUCCAGAUGCAAGUAGAUUAAUCAGCUGCCCAUUUCCUUUAUAUGCUCUAAUUUAUACGGGGGUGAUGCUGGUACGGCGUGUUGGGCAGAGUGGAUAAUCCCAUGUGAUGUAAUGAACUCUUAUUUCUGCUUCCAAUUAACGCAAUUACUUACAAAAUUACUGUCUCACCCACAUACAGAAACCUUGCACUUCUGUAGACUCCACCUAGUGGUAGCAUGACAUUUGUACAUCCAAUAGUCAAUAUUGGUGUAAAGACAGAGAAGAAAUAGCAAAUUUAACUAUUGAAUAUUAUCAAGAUUAUUUAUUAAUGGAAAAUUCAAAGUAAAUUUAAAAUUCAAGGUCAAAGUAACUAGUCUGAAAAAAUAAUCCAAGCCAGCUCUGCUCCCAGUUCGGCUCUUUGGUCUUAAAGGGACACUAUAGUCACCUGAACAACUACAACUUAAUGCAGUUGUUAUGGUGUCUAUAUCCGGUCCUUGCAGGCAUUUUAAUGUAUACACUGCCUUGUCAGAGAAAAGGCAGUGUUUACAUUGCUGCCUAGGGACACCUUCACUCAGACUACCUCUACAGGUGCUUCCUGGGUCAUUGCUGCACAACAUGAAUAGUUUUCCACUGAUUAAAUUUGCAAGUGAGUUACUAGGGGGAAAUAAAAAUAUGCAUUAGAAUUUUGGAGGAUUUAUUUUUUUUAUACCAUAGAAAAUAAUUUUACCUGGCACAGAGUAUGCAUUCCAAACAAGAUUGGAUGACACAAUGUGUAUGGAUUUAUUUAUAUUUUAUAUUGCAAUCAGUCCUUUGAUGAAUUAAACAUUUUUCAAUGUCAGGUGCCGGACCCUGUACCCAGCAAUGUAUGGACACGGGGACCAGUGUUGUCUGCUCCUGUUAUAACGGCUACCAGCUCCUGCCUGAUGGGGUCUCGUGUGAAGGUAACGUCACUGUUCCUAUUUCUUGGUGUAAAUAAAGAUAUGUCGUUUGAGGCCAAUCUGGAAAUAUCGGUUGAUUCCGAGCCAAAAUGUACCUGAGUCAUGGACCCAACGAGCCGCACUAGGACGAGCUUGUUCGGUUUGACUCGUGAUUGUGUAUUCACCAGGUCUCUAAAUUCAUACGGCCACUAACAGGGUACAUUGAGAAUUGAACAUGCAUUUCAAAUUCAAGGUAAAAACAGCCGAAUUGGAAACAUUAUUUAAGUCAUCUAAGCUUCCUGUUCCUCUACUUCGGUCUGAAAUUCACUUUGAAUUCUCACUUUAUUGAAUAACCUGUUCACGUUGAUUUUAUUCACAGAUCACGUGAGAGGUGAGCGACAGAGGGAAAUAAGAGGAACAGCAAAAAAAAUUAAUCUUUAUUUACAUAAUAUAUACUUAAUAAAUAUGUAAAAAAUAAAUAUCGAUUUUUUUUUUAAUUCUCUUCUGUUUUCCUGGUAUUGGUAACUUUUCCCUCACUUGAUUUGUGAACCAAAGGGUGGGAAAACCUCAGUGUCCUGUAAAAUAUGUAUAUUAUAUUAUAUAGAUUAUAUUAUGAUAUUAUUAUUUUUUUCGUUCUGCUGAGCUGAACUUCCAUUUGCCUGAAAUUGUGAAGUCCCGAAAUGUUUUUUUCUUUGUUUGGAAAAAAUGUCCGAGUCCAAUUUUCUGUAGUAUAUAUAGAUCUAUACUGUGUAUAUAAGGCCUGAAGGCUUCAAACUGGACUCAGUUCAUCUAAAGUUGCAUGUGUAGAGAAGCUCACAUGGCUGUAAAAGGAUCAGAAAUGUCUUUAAUUUACUGUUAUAGGACCCAAGGUUCAGCCUUCAGUUACAUUGUAUCUGUACCUUAAUUAGAACUUUACCUGAUUCCAAGCAGCCAGUCAGAACACAGCUUUAAUAAGAAGUUUUACUUCCUCUUGUCUCAGACAAUUUCAAUCACUUUUAACUUUAUUUCAUUUUUAAUAUUACUUAUUACACACAAAAGGAAUUUGUAUCAAGGCAUAAUGGACCUUUCAACCAAUUUUUAUUACCAACGCAUUCUCCUAAAAGCAGUGAAAUAGAAAUAAUAUUGUUAUGUAAAUAUUUAUGUUGAUAAUGACUCAGUCUGUAAAAUGCGUCUCCCCCUCUCUGAGUGUAUUUGUUUGUCCAUUAAUUAGAUGUCAACGAGUGUAUAUCUGGGACACACAACUGUAAAGUGGGACAGAUCUGCAUUAACCUGGUGGGAUCUUUCCGGUGUCAGCGAGAAAUUAAUUGCGGCACUGGAUACGAACUGACAGAGGACAACAGCUGCAAAGGUACCUUACACAAUGUGUCAAACGGCCUGUGAGCAGCGCUAUGGGUUGCAAUACUGUAUCUGACGUCUGAUUGUCGUCCCUGGGGACUGCAUAAUUGGUAACAUUUGGGAGAAUCUAGCCAGGAAAGAACGUCACUUAAACCAGUGUUAGAGCCGCACCAUGGUGCAAGCCUCAUUUAAUAUUGUCUGAUCGGCUUCUCGAAGGAUCUAAUGCUUAUGGAUAAACGUUUAAAGAUAUGACACUCAUGGCACUCUGUGAGUGAGGUGGAUGUUUUAAAAAUACAUUUAUCUGUUAUCCCUAGAAGUUUAAUACAGAGAAUAGUCUCAGGACACUGACUUUAACUCAGUAGCGUUCCAUGACUCCAAACAUUUCACAUGGACAAAGAGGGUCACUUUAAUCUUUACAGGUGUCAUGGGGGGGUGUUGCCAGAGACUGGGCAGUUCUGUGAAAUUUUAGGUGACUUAAUAAUAACAAUUUAUACAACUAAAAUGUAAUUUAUAACAAGGACACUGUAUCUCAUUUACACAGACUGUUUUCUAAACACAUUUAUAGUAGUUUAAAGACACAUUACUGGGAGUAUUAUUGCUGUGGAGCUGUGUGAUACACUGACACAUUACUGGGAGCAUUAUUACUGUGGAGCUCUGUUAUACACUCAGACACAUUACUGGGAGUUUUAUUGCUGUGGAGCUCAGUUAUACACUCAUACACAUUACUGGGAGUAUUAUUACUGUGGAGCUCUGUUAUACACUCAGACACAUUACUGGGAGUAUUAUUGCUGUGGAGCUCUGUUAUACACUCAGACACAUUACUGGGAGUAUUAUUGCUGUGGAGCUCUGUUAUACACUCAGACACAUUACUGGGAGUAUUAUUGCUGUGGAGCUCUGUUAUACACUCAGACACAUUACUGGGAGUAUUAUUGCUGUGGAGCUCUGUUAUACACUCAGACACAUUACUAGGAGUAUUAUUGCUGUGGAGCUCUGUUAUACACUCAGACACAUUACUGGGAGUAUUAUUGCUGUGGAGCUCUGUUAUACACUCAGACACAUUACUGGGAGUAUUAUUACUGUGGAGCUCUGUUAAACACUCAGACACAUUACUGGGAGUAUUAUUGCUCUGGAGCUCUGUUAUACACUCAGACACAUUACUUGGAGUAUUAUUGCUGUGGAGCUCUGUUAUACACUCAGACACAUUACUGGGAGUAUUAUUGCUGUGGGGCUCUGUUAUACACUCAGACACAUUACUGGGAGUAUUAUUGCUGUGGAGCUCUGUUAUAAACUCACCAAGCGUGCUAAUGUGCUCCUACUAAUCCCGGGCUUUAGUGAGCUAAACCCUAACCCUUGUCCUAAUGUCAGGGUCAGUGAGUAACUAAAUGCCAACUCUGCACCUAAUGUCAGGGUCAGUGAGUAAACUGUAUCGAGCUGAGACUUGAUAAAUCAAUGUAACUUAUCCAUAUCCUGCAUCUUCCAGAUAUCGACGAGUGCACUUCGGCCACCCACAACUGCCCCCCUAACUUCAGCUGUCAAAACACCCCCGGAUCGUUCAGAUGUCGCCCUAAGGUGCAGUGCCCAGCAGGAUACAUUCAGGAUGCAGCGGGCAAUUGUAUCGGUAAGACAGGAGACAACUUAGUGAGCGCAGAGAGAUUUAUCAGGGGAUCAGUCAAUUUAAACUGGGAUGAUAAAAUGACUGAUCCAGUAAAAUCUCUGAACCUAGUGCGCUCUGGGUGUGCUACAGCUAAUGCAAAAUUCCAUUUAAUAAAACUACCCGUGACACAUUCAGAUAUUGUCUCCGAAGGAGCGAAAGGUCAUGCGUGAUUUGCAGUAAAAACUCUGAACAUAUUUGCAACCUGCAGUUCCAUGUUGCUCAGUCAGCAGCUGACCUUCAAAAGAAAACUGUGAGUCCCCUAACCCACUACAGCUCAUUGCGUUAUUACAGCUUGAUUACAGUCAGUACUUAUGGUGCUUAGAGUCUUUGGGGAUUGUCAAACCAUUUUUAAGUAGUUUGACAAAAAACUUGUCUCACUCAGCACCCAAAAUCCCAACCUCGGCUAUUAGUGAGAUAUUAAGAACUUCACUUAUCCACUCAAAAUGUUAGUGCAGUGAUUGGUUACAAACACUACAAAAAAUGUAGUGGUUAUGGUGUUUAGAAAUGUUUAAAAACCUGCUUUAUUGAGUAAAGUGAAGAAGGAGGCAACCGAUCCUGUACAGUAAUGCUUUAUCUCCAUAUUUUAUUAUUCCAGUUUAGCUCUGCAUUGGAUUGAUUGAGAUUGGUCUGAAAUAUCUCUGUUUCUUUAUAUUUUAGAUAUAAAUGAGUGUCUGAGUCUCAAUGCUCCCUGUCUCCCGGGACAAACCUGCAUCAACACCGAAGGCUCGUACACCUGCCAGCGGCAUGUGGCCAACUGCGGGCGCGGAUAUCACCUGGAUGCGUCUGGCUCAAAGUGUGAAGGUAGGUGUGCAUCAAGGCUGCCACUAGAUGGCAGGAUGGGUCUGCCAAAAAGGGGGCAUUUUAUAUCCUUCCCUGCUCGGCUUCUUGAAGGUUCCAUGAUCUUCUAAAAUAGUUUGGUGGGAAUUCUAGUUUCCCUUUAACAGUUUAGGAUGUCAACCACUGUGUUACAAUAUCAUACGUUGGUCAGUAACAUGUGAUGUCUCCUUCCAUCAGCUCCCUAAGCACCAUAACCACUUUUCUAACAGUUUUGGAGCAGGACAAAAAAAUAGGACUCUCCCCAUCACCCAUAGCCAUGCUCCUCCAAAGCUGUUUGGAGAAACCAGAAAUUACACGUCAACACAUUAUUCACCGUAAAUCCGUCCAACCUUGAGCGUCGAUGAUCAGCUGAAAGUUUUGGGAAAUGUCAGAGAAAUUCUGAUUCAGAUUGUGUAUCAACGGUAUAAACAAAGACAGAUAAAUGGUUAAGAAAGGGAAUGCAGGGAAGCAGCGCCUUCACAAGCGUCCUCAACUCAAAUAAAGAUGGAACGAUAUGCAAAACCAGGAGAAAUAAAACGGAAUAUGGUGCAGUAUUUCUGAUGCUGUGAUUAUAAAAAAGGAAAUGCACUUAUAAUCUUCUGGAGCUUGAAAUCUGCUCCAGAUAUAUGGGCUUGGACGGUACAAUCCCUGUCUGUAGAUAUGCUGGUCUUGGUCUCUGUCUAAUUCUUAUGUGGAAAGGUAUCCUUAGGCCGGUCAGCAGCGAGUGGUGGUCAGCUUCGUAGAAGUGGUCUCUUUCAAUAUGCCGUUUUGUCACAGUGAAUGUUCACCAGCUUGUAAAAUGAAAAUAAAAAGAUAGUGCUCUCUGUAUAGCUAAAAAAUGCUAAAAUAAUAAAAGGAGGUAUACUCACAAACGGAGAGCACAGUAAAGUUAUGAUCAAUCCUAUAUAGCUUAGGUGGUAUAUUCCCCACCUAGGAACCGAAGUAUGAAUUCUCCAGGUAAAAAUCUUCAGAGAUCACUAUGACUAAGUUCCAGAGGGUCUGGGAUCUGUGGGAGCAAUACGACACUUAGAAUCAUGACUCGGGGCGUGGGGCGGCAUCCACGCGUUCCGCAAAAGUGGCAAUAAUUGGGAUACACCCAACGCUAAAUAUCACUCCAGCACCUGGACUAGUGGUAGCGGCACCACUACAGGACAGGGGCACGGUCAAACCUAACACACGGAGUGCUACCCGGGGAACCUGAUGACCUCUGUCACUGGUCCCUCGGGAAACCAUCUCAAGACGACACCUAUAUGCAUCUACUUGUCUCUACUUUCCUAUCUUUCUCUUCUACCUAUCUAUUGAAUGCAAGCACUCUAGACUCACAAGCCGGCGAAAGAGGAGUCAGGCUAAAAUACGCCUACGCUCCGCAGACAACGGGGAAGACGGGGAACAGUCAUAUGCCCCAAGGGGUUUGGGACUGCGACUCAACUCCCUAAGCCUACUGCUCAACACUACUACCAUUGUAUAUAGUUACCUGUGCUUGCCAACAUAACAGAAAAUAUCGGACGAAGACACCCACAGGGAGUACAAUGCCUGUAACGUGUUUAACCUAACCACUGCAACUUUCAUUCUGUAAAAAACUGUAUGACACUGCGCUGUCACUUGCAUACAUAUGCCUGCAUAUCUCUAUGUCGACCUCUUCGUCAGUCCAAAAAUAAAGAAUUAAAAAAAAAAAAAUCUUCAGAGAUAAAAACAGGAAGGUUCAAAUUCAAUUAAAAAAAAAAAGUUUUAUUUGUAACCAAAAUAAUAAAACCAAAAGUAUAGUAUAAAACACCAAUAAAAUACUAACACGUUUCACCUUUACACAGGCAUUUCCAAAGUCACACUGUGUGACGGUGAAAUGCGUUAGUGUCUCAGCUUAAUAUUAAGUCUCCCAGCUGAAUGUUCCACUUUCAUAACUUUGGCCCUGAUUUAUCUGUUACAGGCAAUAGGUAGAUUAUCAAGGCAAUACAGGUGCUAUUGCAAAUUAACUUUUUGAACCCAGAAUAGCACCCAUUCACCUUGAUAAAUCGCUCUCCAAAUGUUCCAAGUGUUUUGUAACUGACCGCAGUGUAUUUUAUUAGUUACCAACAUUAAAUAAUAUGUAAAUGUCUAUAACAAAUGUGUAAAAAAUUAAAUUAGGUAAAUUACACAGAAAUGAAACAAGAUUUCUGUGAGUUGUGCGAAUGCUAUUUCUCUCUGUUGGGAUUAGAGGAACUCUCCGCACACCAUAACAACGUAAUUGGAAGGAAGUUGUUAUGGUUCUAGGUGGUUGCUUGUGCAUGCAUGCCUUCUGGGGUUAGACUUUUAAUGAACAUUUUAGAGCCAAAGCUAUACCCUUAAUAGAAAUAUAUGUACGUUUUUCACUCCAGCCUAUCAGCGCUGCCCCUGUACGAGGCUUCCUAAUUGACUCAAAUGGAAGUUCUGGGGCAGAGCUGACCUGUGCCCGGACAAAAGACUUUAGGAAUUAACUGCUCAUUAACAGUUUAAACCUUAAAGGUAAGACAGUGCCAGGGCAUCCUGGCACCAUAACAACUUAAUUUCAGGUGUCUGUUCUACAAACUGUACUGAGCUUACACUCCUUUAAUAAGACAUUUUCACAUUCACUCCAGAUUAACAUCUUUCUGUGUUUUCCUGUGCAGACAUUAACGAGUGCGCAACCCUCCAGAACCCCUGCGGUGAUGGACAUAAAUGCCUAAAUGUGCCAGGAUCUUUCCGUUGUGAAUGCCAGGCCGGCUUCCUUUUUGACCCCAUGUCCAGAACGUGUGCCGGUAAGUAACGUCACAGUGUAUUUCUGACCGAUACGCUUGUGAGGUCAUGACCGUGCUCGCUCAGAAACACAAUCAGGGUUAUUCACAAAACUAAAUUAUUCAUUGUUCAUUGUCGUUUCCUGCUGCAGAUAUCAAUGAAUGUAGGGGCUAUCUGGGGAGGGUCUGCGCCCACAAGUGUGAAAACACGCCAGGCUCCUUCACAUGCAGCUGCACCACUGGAUUCAGACUGGCAUUGGAUGGCAGAUCUUGUGAAGGUAAAGUGAAAUUAUUAAUAGCUGCCCCCAGGGGGUGCUGGUGAAGUUAACCUUGCUGGAACUAGAAGCAGCUACCAGAUCAGGAUCCAAACUGUCUCUGUGCCUAAAGCAAACACGUGGGCACUCUGGCAACCAAGCAAAAUGUGUUAACAUUUUUAUUGGUUGGGGGUUCUACAGGCUGGAGUGGAUGACCAUUGUAAUUUGACGUCACCACUUAAUUGCUCCAGUUACAAAAUAUCAUGUUUAGCAUUUGUGUCUCCAUGCCAAAAUUUUGAGGCUUUUCAGAUGACGUGUGGUGUUAGCAAUGGCUGCGUAACUUCAUGGAAAUGGUGUUACAAAUCUAGAAACCUUGGCCUCUAUUUAAUAUUUUUAAAUAUUAAAAUAACUUUUAAAAUGAUAUAAUAUUGUGAAAAAUAUUAACUUUUUUUAAUAUAUUAUUUUUAGAUAUGAUAUAUAUUUUUGAUAAUUUAAUAUUUUGAAAACAAUAAUUUGAAAAGUGUAUCCAAAAACAACUACUACUACUACUAGAAUCGUGAAUGAGAUCAGUUAUCUCUAAAAUAUUCAAUGAUCUAAACUUCCGAGAUGUAAUUAUCUGAUGACUUGGGACAUCUGGGGAUGUCCAGCCACUCCAAGAGCAUAAAAGAUGAAGGAGUUCUCUAAAAAAAAUUGAAAAAUAUAUAUAUGCUCUGUUUAUUAAAUCUAUCGGGGGAGUUUAACAAAUAUGCAAACUGCAGAAAUUAUACUAAGGAUUUCAAAUCUCCUAAUAUUGUCUGUGGCAGCAGUUAAUGUAUGAGAUAAUUAUUACACGUUGUGUCUAAGUUUAAUUAAAUAAAAUGUGACUGAGAUGGACUGUCUCUGUCACAAUGCCGUGUUAGGUUACAAUAUAUCCGUAUCGCUGACGUCUCUCGUGUUUUAGAUGUGGAUGAAUGCACCAGCAAUCCAUGCAGCCAGGAGUGCGCCAAUGUGUACGGAUCCUACCAGUGCUAUUGCCGUCGCGGGUACCAGCUCAGUGAUGUGGAUGGAGUCACGUGUCAAGGUAAAAUUGUUUCAUAAAUAAGACAGAAACACAUUUUACUGAUCAGCUUUAAUGUGAGAACUAAGAGCAGGAAGUCUUGUAGUUCUGGCUCCGUGAGAAAGCAGAUCGUUAACACCUUGACCAAAAACAAACCACUUAUCAUUUGGAUUUUAAUCAUGGAUCUGAGAAUUAUGGGGAAAAGACAAGGAAAUUGCUCUUUGGCCAAUUUUGGCCUACAUUUUGCAAUGAUUUUAUCAAUUCCACAUUCAGUUGCUAAAAUCCUUUUACAGUAGAAUAAAUCCUGUGUUCAGGUAUUCUGUGUUAUAUUUCCACGGAAUGGCAGUAACAGAUUGUCCAAUUGUUGCCCUUUUUGGAAUUAAAUAAUAAUUACUUGACUUUGUCUGCCAGCUGAAAGUUCUACACAUUCCCUCCUUUGGCAUGCAUAGUGUUUUACAAAUAGAGUGCAAGUUCUUGUGAUACAUUAGUGAAUAUAUUGGUGUCAUAAUAUAUUAUCAUUAAAUCUAUAAUGGUUGUUUCUCUUUGCUCUCUGGCUGUUUACAGAUAUUGACGAGUGCGCCUUGCCGACGGGUGGGCACAUCUGCUCGUAUCGCUGUAACAAUGUCCCCGGCAGCUUCCAGUGUACAUGCCCUCUGACUGGCUACACGCUGGCAGCCAAUGGCCGCAACUGCCAAGGUACGGAAAGGUUUUUCCUUAUAAUACCAGGAUUUCAACAUUUCCUUUGUUUUGCGGAAUCAAUGAGCAAAUCUUGGGGUAUUUACCCCAAGAAAAAUGUUUAACUUAGAAAGUUUAGUUUUUGAGAAGUAAUUAAGUUCAGAUAUUCAAUGAAAAUAUGGGGCAUUGAGAAUAGGUAACAGUGACAUCUAGUGGACAUUUAUUGGAACAACAAGAUAAGAUCGCUCGUUGAACAGUUUGAAAUAACAUUAACAUUUUUUUAUUUUUAUUUGUAAUUUACAAACAUUGUACAGUGAUACAGGCAGUGAUCUAUUUAUGUUUUACGCUGCCCUAGUCCAUGUGUUCACACUUCAGAUAUAAUUUCUAUCAAACUAGCAGACACAAACGGACAAGCAACACCAAUCAGGCUUAUUCACCAAAGAGAGAAUUCAACGUGAAUUUCAAUUUUAAGGCCAAAAUAGCCAAUUAAUUCACCACAAUUCACUGAAUGGUCAGUAGACCCCAUUGUCUUUCUGUAUUGUGUCCUGUGUUAUUAAUGUCAGAAAUACAAUGUCUCUCACAGAUGUUGAUGAAUGCGUUACCGGAACGCACAACUGCUCGGGUACAGAGACCUGCGUCAAUGUUCAGGGAGGAUUCCGUUGCUUGUCUUUCGAAUGCCCAAGGAAUUAUCGCAGAUCUAGUGACAGGUAAGAGAAAUUCGAUUGGUCUCAUUUGAUGUUUGGGGUGCGACGAAUGAGCCUCCCUAUCAUAACUUAUCUGUCAUUUAAAGGAACACUAUAGUGCUAUGGAAUACAAAGCUGUAGUGUCACUCUGCCCCCCCCCGCCCAAACUCUCUCCCCACUGCAAUUAAACUGUUAAAAACCAUUUUAAUACAUACCUGAAUUCCAGCGAUAUCUGAAGGCAUUGGACGUCCUCAUGCACAGUUUCUCUAAGACUGCAAUAUUUUCACUUGCAGGGCUAAAGGGACAGGAACACUGCACCCACUUCAUCUCAUUUAAGUGAAGUGGUCUGGGUGUCUAUAGUGUCCAUUUAUGAACAUGUGUAUUAAGAGGCUUAAUCAGUGUGAGGUGGUGAUUAGUACGCUGUGUGUGGUGUCUGAGUGUUGUGGGAGCGAGGCCUCGGCUCUGGGCUUCAGUUUGGCAUGCGAGGGCAGCUGUGUGGUAUAUGGAGCUUAGUGAAUCUUUAGGAAGGUCUGGGGCAGACCCUAAGAGUCGGUGAACUAAUUUCUAUAUUGUGCUAUUAGGCAGAAGAUCAGAUAUUCGCAUGGUAGGCUGUUCUGCGUGUGUGAACCUAGUAGCAUGUCGUCCUGCAUGUGUGUAGGUGACGCCUGUGGUGUACACAUUAAUCUUUUCUUGUGGUGCAGUGAUCCGUCUCUCUACAUGUGCAUUUAAAUGUUAUUUAGCAUAGAGAUGUGAGACAGAGAGCAUACAAUAAAAUAUACAGUAUGUAGUAGGAGAGGUGUAUACUCAUUUCUGCUGGCGAGAAUGAACUGUUGCAACACACAUAACAUUGAAGGAGAGAAGAGUCAGGAUUGCGUCCAUUUUGUGUAUAAAUUGCGUGCCAUUUUCCCUGUUUUCAAUGGGUGAGGUGGAUGGCUUGUAAGUCCUUGGGGCUACGGCAUUGUUAACCUAUGCCCGCCCGUUAGUAUACUGAGUCCCGUGGCCAGGAUGAGCGCUGCGUCCUGCUCCUGGGCACUGAGGGUUGCAGGGUAAGGGCUUUCGCCGGAGGGGUUUCCUUUUGUACCUUGGUUGUAUGGCGUAGUCCGGCGUGGUCCUGCCGCGUGUGAGGGAUACCCUUCUGUGCUCCAUGUUGUCAAGUAGCAGGCAUGAUGUGUCGCUUUCUCCUGCGCCGUCCGCUAGGGCCUUUUGGCCUGGGGGCCGCCUCCACACGUCGAGAGCCCGGUGAUGGCCCUUUUGGUGAGUUCCCUUUUGCUGUAUGAGGCUCGGUUUGCUUCAGCCUGCAUUCGAGUUUCAGCCAGAAAGCUGCAAAUGUGCGCUCCAGCCGUGUAAGGAUGUCAGGUACUCCAGCAUUCUCGCUAGGUGUGCACAUGGCGCCCACCAUUUUGUGCCUCUCUGUUACUGCUGGUCGUCCAUGUGUGUAUUUCGAUCGCCUCCUGGACCGGGAUAACCCCCCCAGUCCGGGGGGUGGGGUGUCAUGUCUCCCGAGCGGCCAUUUCCCCCCAGCUCCUAUGCCCGCAAGCCGCGGUCAGACAUUUUCAGGCUUCCUUGUUCAUCAGAAGUGUCGUUAGGGCACGCUGAGCUUAGGUAGAGUGACCUUGUUUAAGUGAGAGGCUUUAUUCACGAUUAAUUUGUGAUUUUCAAAGUUUGACUGUGGGACCCCAUCGAACAUGCGUGUAGUCGGGAAGCUUGUCAGGCUCCGCCCCCUAUAGUGUCUAUUUAAAGCACACUUAGAAGGAAGUCACAUAUAUGGCCAGAAACGGCAGUGUUUAGAUUCAGUUUAUUAUAUCGCUUUCUGAAUGAUUGUUGAAAUGACUCCAUGAAGAUUAUUUCACUAUCUCCUUCCACUCUUCCACUCAGCCACGAUUGUGAACAUGGAACCACAACGGAAGGCUGAGAGUUCCCUCUCCCAGCGCUGUCAGCCUGUCAUUGUCAUCUAAGUUUGGACAUAUUCUCACUUGACAAAGGGGAAAUUCAUAUAGCUGCAGAGGGGAUAGGAUAUGGGUGCUGGUGGGAGCCCGGAAUUUAGACAGAAAACAUGGGGAUGGCGUCCAUCGACUCCUAGCACUAUAACCACUGCUAUAAGCUGAAAAUAUAAUGAGCUGUAAUGAUUUAAUAAUGGACUGUAACAAUACAAUAAGCUGUAAUAAUGCAAUAAGCUGUAACAAUACAAUAAGCUGUAAUAAUACAAUAAGCUGUAAUAAUAUAAUUAGAUCCAUUAAUACAUUGAGCUGUCCAAUACAAUAAGCUAUAUUAAUAAAUUGAGCUGUAAUUAUACAAUAAGCUAUAAUAAUACAAUGAGCUGUAAUAAUACAAUAAGCUGUAUUAAUAUAUUGAGCUGUAACAAUACAAUAAGCUGUAAUAAUACAAUAAGCUGUAACAAUACAAUAAGCUGUGCUAAUACAAUGAGCUUUAACAAUACAAUAAACUGUAACAACACAAUAAGCUGUAUUAAUACAUUGAACUGUAAUAAUACAAUACGCUGUAACAAUACAAUAAGCUGUAAUAAUACUAUAAGCUGUAAUAAUACAAUAAACCGUAAUAAUACAAUGAGCUGUAAUAAUACAAUAGGCUGUAACAAUACAAUGCUGUAAUAAUACAAUAAGCUGUAAUAAUACAAUGAGCUGUUAUAAUAUAAUGAGCUGUAUUAAUACAAUAAUCUGUAAUAAUACAAUGAGCUGUAAUAAUACAAUGAGCUGUAGUAAUACAUUGAGCUGUAACAAUACAAUAAGCUGUAAUAAUACAAUGAGCUGUAAUAAUACAAUAAGCUGUAACAAUACAAUGCUGUAUUAAUACAACAAGCUGUAAUAAUACAAUGAGCUGUAUUAAUAUACUGAGCUGUAAUAAUAUAAUGAGCUGUAUUAAUACAAUAAUCUGUAAUAAUACAAUGAGCUGUAAUAAUACAAUGAGCUGUAUUAAUACAUUGAGCUGUACUAAUACAAUGAGCUGUAUUAAUACGUUGAGCUGUAGCAAUACAAUAAGCUGUAAUAAUACAAUAAGCUGUAAUAAUACAAUGAGCUGUAAUAAUACAAUAAGACAUGGAAGGUUAUGGUGGGUUGAGAAUCCCUUUAAGUGGAUGAGAAAUAAUUUGUUUCUGCCUUUUUAUAGGAAUCUAGUCACUUACUCUGUAUGUUAUUUAUUGUCUUAUAUUUAUUGCGUAUUAUGGAAUUCCACGUAUCUCUGAGAUAUAUUCACAGGGCUUUUUACUAAAAUGAAUUCAAAGUGUAGCCAGAGUUAGCGAAGCUGAAAGCUAUUUUGUCCAGGAAAUUAAAAUCCACUUUGAAUUCGUACCUUAGUAAAUAACCCUAUUUGGCUAUUAGUCUCUUAGAAAGUUCCAGGAAUCGCUACCAGCCAUUGAUUCAUUAUUCCAGCCGCAACAAGACAAAUCCCGUGCCCUGUUUUGGCAUUUUUUCUCAUCAGACUUAAAACAGGCUUCAUCUUUGGGACCUGAUUUAACGUGCCGGGAGCUAGUUAAUUUUAGACGUUAUUUCCUGACAAUAUCGCUGUCGCCUUGAGGGACUCAAGAUGAACUUAAAUAAGAGAACUCCAUGUGUGAUUGUACCCUUUAUACAGCGUCUGAUAUAAUGUCCUGAGGUUGUCUUGACACUCAGUGCAUAUUACUGUUAUUUAUAUCAAGAUAUUUCAUGUCCAUCAAGUUGUUCAUUAGCCGGUACCCUCCGAUAAGGGCAGAUUUAUAUUAAACCAAUUACGUUCACAAAAAACUACAGAAACUUUUUACAGAAUAAUGUGUAAAUAGACAAUGAAUUCACAUGCUUUCCACACAGACACUGCCACUACUGUCCUACAUGGGUAUUACAGGAUCUCUGAGAAAAGAAAUUAUACUCUAUAGCAUUGUGCUUUAUUUAAAGCUUUGACUUAAUCCAGGCUGCUAUACAACAGAAUAACUAAAAAUGGAUUUCUGGGGACACUUAAUAUUAUUCAGCAUUACUUUAUUAAGCUAAUUUACCCCGGCCCUCUUCACCUCCUGGUUCUGUCGUAUUUACUUUGUUUUAGACGUACACAUUCUUUGAAUUAUUCAUUAAACUCGUCUGACAACAAGUUGAUUCACCCAGCAUAAAACCCUGUUUGAUUACUUUUAAACCAAUCGAUUAGUUUAAAACAAAUCCAAAGGGGUUGAGCCAUAUUAAAUUAUUUGUUAAUUAAUGCACGUCUACUUUGUUUGCCAGUUACCUCCUGCUUUAUUUCCCCUCUUUAAUGCGGUAAAGAGCUACGGAAUGUGCUAAAUAAUCGCAAUAAUAAUUGUAAACUGUGCAUUAAAUAAUUGACUUGUGCAAAAUAAAAUCAUUAUUCUUACUUGUCCAAAUACAAUGGCUGUUAAUUGUUGCCAAAAUCAACCAAUUCCAAAUCCCCAAAUCUAUAUUAUCUGUACGGGGAAAACUACAGGUAAACCCACAGAUAAACCAAUUAGGAAUUCAUUCAUUUAACAAUUUCAAGGAUUUUGUUUCGGAUAAACAAAUUAAAACAAAUUUAUUGCCCAUGUCUAAUAAAUAACAUGAUAUAGGAAAAGUGACGUUAUUCUUAAUUAAAUAUUUUGUAAGCGUUUCUACCCAGAGAAAUCAUAAAUUCUCCCCAGAUGUGGAUUUAUUCUGUGACUGUCUCUACAGAGAUGGCGUGCUGCCCCUUACACCAUGUCCAUAUUACAGUCAAUGUGGCGUUAGUGAUAUAGAAUCCUUGGGUCACGUCCUUUCUUGGGGUUCAUGUCACCCCAUCCAAGAUUUGGUAUCUAUUUGCCAUUCUGUGUAUCUACUACUGGGUUCUAUGUUCGGGACAUAGUGCUUUGAAUUCUGAACUGUGUCAAAGAGGAAAUAAGAAACACAUGCUCUAAAUAUAAUUUAUAAAAUAUAACACUGACCUGUCAUCCGGAUUCCAGGUAUUGUCAGCAAUGUACAACUAUACAUACUGAUAUACAGCUAUACAUGUCAUGUUUCCAAGAUGGCAGGUAUAAUGGGUGGGAAGACUGCACAGGGGUUUUCAACCCUAAAAUUUUACCAUUGCCUAGACUACUAGCCAGACCAAGAAUUUACUAGCCACUGUAAGCCUGGAGGGCCCAUGGCACACUCACCGGGAUGAAUUUAUGCUUACUGAGUUUCCAGUUCUGCUACCUUGCUUCAUUUUUUGACUCCCGUUUUGACAUGUUUGGAAGUCACUCAACUUGUCGCCAUUCAAUGCCCAGACAGCGUCAUUUAGCGGUCACCUAUGGAACAAAGCGUGUUGAUGGCGGGCAGUUCUCAUUGGCUGCGAGUGUCAGAUAAGCGCAGUCCUGCAUUGCCCUUACAUUGCUCUAAAGAGACAUCUGACACCUCCGGCUGCAGGAAACUGGGAAUGCGACUGUAGUUGUCAAGUCGUACUAAAAUGUUUUGAAAUCAUACUGUGGGAUGGGGCCAGAACACUCCAAACACCAUAACUACUGCAGCAGGCUCCAGUGGUUAUAGUGCUUGGGAUAUUCAUUACUGUGUAGCUGGUAAAAUCCAUUCAAAAUGAUAAAUCUAUUGUUAGAUGAAUUCUAGUUGGUAGUUAUGAUUUACAAAGAAAGAUCACUCACAAAUUGAGAUACUUUGUUGCUCGAUGAUUGUAUCUGAGUGCAGUUAGUGGUUACAAUGAUAAAUUUGUACAUUAUUUCCAUUUGAUUGAUUACCUUGGCUCCGGGAGACAAUUAUUGGUAAAUUCAACUCUAGCGCCAGUUAAGCAGCUUCUGUCGUCAAGGUCACUUGUGAUUGACAGUAGAUUUGCCAAUUUGUAGCCAUUAUUUUCUUUGGCUUCCCUUGUAGAACUUCAACGUACAUCCAUGUUUAUCACUGUAAAGUAAUUUCUCUGUACGUAUCGCAGACAGAUUGUACACAAAACAACUGAUUGUUGCUGGCGAUUGCCCCAUCCUUUCCCUAGAUUCUCUCCUCCAGGUUUCUGUUGAUAUAUAGAGCCCAAAUGUGUUUUAGACUUCGUUGCAUGAUGGAGUUGGGCACCGUCUACUGGAAGACUCACCUGCUCGCUAGCUUGCUUGCUUUGUGUUCAUUAAUCCUUUUCUUGUCUUCUCUUCUCACUUUUCUUGCAGUCGCUGUGAGCGCUUGCCUUGUAGUGACACUGAGUGCCAGAGCCUGCCCCUGAGAAUAAGCUUUCACCACCUAGUGCUCCCCACCAACAUCCAACCUCCCUCCAGCGUAUUCCGCAUGGGUCCCACCCACAGCAUCCCCGGGGAUGACAUUCAACUGUCCAUCACCAGUGGGAAUGAGGAGGGCCAUUUCAUCACCACUAAACCGAACUCUCACAGUGGCCUUGUGAAUGUGCUGAAAACUAUCACAGAACCCAAGGACAUUCUUCUAACUAUCCAGAUGAAUCUCAUUCGCCAUGGGACUGUCAGCACAUUUGUAGCUAAACUACAUGUCAUUGUCACAAAAGAGCUUUGAUCCAAUAUUUGCUAUGGGGGCUUAUCUUCAUUGCUGUGUUUUCCACCAUUUUUGUUUUAGGUUCAAUAAAGCUUUCCUUGUUACAUGGGGUCCAGCCAUAACUUGGGUAGAGGGGUAUGCCAACUUGGUCAGAAGAAAGGUUGCAUGUCUCUCUUGGACUUCCUCCAAUCUUAAUAUCUGUUAUGUUUUCUUGAUACUUGGGGUCUUUGGAUGUAUAAUUGAGCACAUGCUUAAUUUAGCACCAACUGGCCACAUGUCACAAGACUUAGUUGGUUUCAGACUCUUUAAAGCUAUCACAACCUUCUCACUGUCUGUUUGGGUGGCCUGGAAGGACAUCAAAAGCCCAUCAAGAAAGCUUAGAUUGGAUUAGGUUAUGGUGGAAAUUCUACAUGGAGACUUGGCUACAUCUGAACAUAAACCUAUUGGUGUCAUUGAGAGACAGACAGGGAUAAAAAUCUGUUAUUUCUAAAUUCUUUAAACACAAACAGAAAAUGGGUCAACUGCCACCCAUACUUUCAGCAGUUCUUCCAGCCCUGAUUCCUAAUCAAGAAAUAAAUAAGAAUGUUUGGUAUAAUAUACAUAUGUUACAGGUCUCCAUGCUGCAAGGAAUAUUUGCGGGUCCCUUUUUUCUCCUUUGAACUGGAAUUUAUAAGUUCUGCGUUGUGGUCUUAAAACAGACCCAAACUAACAGUGAAUAAACAUUUAUAAACAGAUCUGUUUUCAUUGUAGUUCGUACAUCGUAGAAAUACACAUUGCUGUGAUAUUUUUGUUUUCCUGCCUUUGUCCAGUAUUUUCCUUGUUUCUUUAAAAUGUUCUAGGUGGCCAGAAUGACUUGCGGUUUCUUUACAGACAACACACUUUCUUCCAUAUAUUGGUUUUAUUAGAUUUCUAGCAAAUGUACAAAUGAAAAAUUAUUUCCCUUGACAUAUUUUUGACCUUCCUAGGAAUGACUACUAUGCCACUUGGCAUAGAAGUAAAGGGAACAAACAUUGGGCACAUCAGUUACGUCUGGAAGUAUUGCAGUAUCAUCUCACUACUUCUAGUAACCACCUGCUUCCCACGAAAUAGUGUGGACUUUUUGGUUAACAAAAUGGUGACAUUGUACAUUUCAUUGUGUCAGUGACUCUCUGACGGACUGCUGACUUCAUAGUCUGGACUGGUUGGGCGACACUGGAGAUAGGUUUCCAGAUCAUCAUGUUUAGGCCAGAUGCCUACAUGGGAUUUUAAAGAUUGUUUAUGACCAAGCAGGCUCUGCCUUACCUUUCUUCCACUUGUGCUAUGACCACUGGCACUAGUUCUGCAUUCAUAAUGUUACUGGCCGCCCUAUAUUAUUAUUAACCCAUUCCCUCAUGUUACUAGCUCUCCGCCUGCUCAUAAUACAAACCCUAUCUUAUGUAAUGUCAUUAGCGUAUUUGUUGUUCAUAUCAUCUACCUUGAUAUUCCCAAUAUCACUAGCCUUCACACAAAUAUCACUAGUCAUAUUCCAAAUAUAGCCCUUUCCUCCCAAAUAUCACUUGCCCUCUCUCUCGGUGCCACUAGUUCUUUUCCAAGAAUAUCACUAACUCUUUUCUCUCAAAUAUCACGUGCCCUCUUUCUUACCCUCACUAGCCCCCUUCCCAAAAUAUUACUAGCCCUCUCCUUCUAAAUAUCACUAGCCCUCUUCCAAAUGUUACUAGCCCUCUUAUCAAAAUAUGCUAGCCCUCUUUCUGAAAGUCACUAGCCCUCUUCCAAAUAUCACUAGCCCUCUCCCUUCUCUCAUUAUCACUAGCCAUCUCCCUCUUAGUGUCACUAGCCCUCUUCCCCUGGUGUGGAGGAGCUAUAGCACUACAUCAAGUUCAUAGAAAAUGUUCUUUAAAGAAAAUUAGGGCAAUGUUCAUACCCAGCACACCUACCUAUCUUUUUUUCGUGUAGAGUGUAUUGUCAGGAAUUCAAAGUGAAUUUACAUUUUAUGCCAAAAUCGUUAAAAGGAAGUGUCAGUUAUGUUUUAAUUUUGGCAGUUUUGCCUGUGUCUGUCUGUGUGUAAGUUUUCUGUAUAACCCAGCUGUACAUGCGCAAUCGCCAUAAAUACUGGUUCUGGGAUAAUACUGAUUACAAAUCAUUACACGUGUUGCCAAGAUUAAAUCUGAAUUUCACUUUGAAUUCCCAGCAUUGUAAAAGUGUAUUCAUAAUAUUAAAUCAUUUGAAGAGUUUAUCCAAAAAUAUUAAAUCGAGGCCUCGGAUAGAAUCUCAGCCUGGCUAUGUUAGCCUGUACCGUGUUAUUUGAAUGAAGUUUACUCAAAUUCAAUGUUUAGUGAGUAACCCUUUCAAAGGGGAAUGUGACUAAGAGUUGGGAGUUGCAUGCCUGCGGAUGCCUUUUUGGUGCCAACCUGAGGCCAUGGUUUCGUGACUGACGUACUAUUCCAUUAAGAAAUUCUGUCAAAUGACACCAAAUCUGUGCAUUCAAUCUGCUCUGCGCAGGAAUAUGGCACUAACAGAAAGAAAGACCGUCUAUUGACCUAAACGUAAAUCUUUCUAAAGGAGUCUCAGUAGGUGUAAGCAAUAAAAAUUAUACAAUCAUAGAAUGAGCGCAAACGCGUAUAAGAGGCGGGGUGAUACCAUAGAAACAAUUUAUGGGAGUAAUCAGUUACAUAGUAUACAGAUAUAUUGUCAUUCUGCAUCACAAAUCACAAGUGCAUAAAAUAUAUCAUUAAUCCAGAAUGUAAAAAUAAAUUGCAUAUAGACAAAUGUAAACACUAUGUGUAAAAUGGGUCGAUUACAGUUAGUAUGUCAAAAAAUGUGAAAAAAAAGUAACGUGUGAAAAAUGUAUCAAACUGAAUACACAAGAAAUUCUUAAACCCUGAACCUAUAUAUUGAAUUAAAUUGUGUAGAAUACUGAGCUCUUAAGGGAUUGUUAGUCCUUCAUCCUGCUCAGCUUGCAGGAAGGAUCAGAGUGAUGUGAGUCUCUGUCAGCACAGAUCUCUCCGCCAAAGCUUUAUGGCACUGAAAGAUGACAUCGCGUCUCACUGCAGCCAGUAAGUGAGAGCAGUACAAGCGCAGGGCGAGUUCUGUCUGUAGCACAAUAACAGUGAUUAAUUAUUUUUUUUAUUUGUUUUGCAAAGUGCGUUUAAAAAAGCUCAGCUACAAAAAAAUAUAUAUUUUGGCGAAGACUUUGGAAUCAUUUUUUUGCAUUCAUCACAUCUCAUAGUUUAGUGCAUAAACCGCAUGGUGCAAAAUCUGCAGUGUAUGUGCACACGCCAUUAAAUUAUGCACUGAAAACCGUUUUUCCUUCAUCCUUUUUUACUGACUGAACCAGUACGUGUGGAGAAAAGAGAAUUGAUCAUUUUAGAACAGCUGAAUGUAAAAACUGUCAGCUGUUGUUCCUAUCUAUUUUUGUCUAAAAUCUUCGUAAAUCCCAUAGUUUUCAUGACCUAAGCAAACUGUGGUGUGUGGAGUUUCGACCAGAAAGCUGAUUAAAGGGAUACUAUAGUCACCAAAACAACUUUAGCUCAAUUAAGUGGUUUUGGUGUACAGACCAUCCCCCUGCUGUCUCACUGCUCAAUUCUCUGACAUUUAGGAAUUAAAUCACUUUGUUUAUGCAGUCAUAGGCACACCUCCAUGCAUGUGACUUACACAGUCUCCCUACACACUUCCUGUAAAGAUAGAUCAAGGUCUAAUGUUUAAACUUUGUGUUGCACAGUCUGUUUAGUUUAGAAUUUCUUAUUGAAAUUGUACUGCUAGUAUCUUGCUAGACCCUACAGGAGCCUCCUGUAUGUGAUUCAAGUUCAAUUUACAGAGCAGGUAAUACAAAUUUCUAAAGCAAGUUACAUCUGAUUGAAAUUGAAACCAUUUUUUUUUAAUGCGGGCUGUGCCAGUCACAGUCAGGGGAGGUGUGACUAGGGCUGUAUAAACAGAAACAAAGUGAUUUAACUCCUAAAUGGCAGAGAAUUGAGCAGUGAGACUGCAGAGGCAUGAUCUAUACACCAAAACUGAUUCAUUAAACUAAAGUUGCUCAGAGUGUCCCUUUAACUACGAUAAACUCCCAUAAACUCCUCUAGUGCAAAUAAACCAUUCAUGUGCUUUAAUAUGUGAGAUAUACUCAGCACUAACCUAGAAAAAUAAGGUAAUAUCCACUUUCUGGUUUAAUGGCUCACUACAGAAACAGAAAAUCUGACGGAUUGCAGCAAACACCAGAAUGGAUCGGUAUAUGUAACGCGUUAUUUAUAUAAUACAUUAAAAUGUGCCCCUAUAAGGAGCAAAUCAUGACAUAACAGAAUAGAAGCUCCUUAAAUAAGGAUAAAGAACGUGAGCCUCCAUUUAUUUACUUUCAGUUGGUAUCAGAUAUGAUUCCAUUCUGCUGGAAAAAAAUACUUUUCAAACAAUUUAUCUGCAAAAAUUCUCCUAGACUUUACUGGAUAAUUUCUGUAGAUAAAUCAUUUAAAACGUUUUUCUAACAUAUUGGAAUAAUUUCUAAUGCUGAUUCAAACAAUUCAUAGUGAAUUGUGGAUAAUUGACAAAAGAAAUGAAAUUUGAGCAAAUUGCAGAUCUGGAUAAACCUGGCCAUAAUCUGUUUUUUUUAGCAGCACAGUCGGCUCCACGUCACAUUUCCGCCAUUUAAUCUUCUCUCCUUCCUUUUUUCAGUUACGAACGAGCUGACAUGGUCCGCUGCAUCAAGUCCUGCCGACCAAAUGAUCUGACGUGCAUUGCUGAUCCGGUCCACACCAUUUCCAACACGGUGAUCUCUCUGCCAACAUUCCGCGAAUUCAGUCGCCCUGAAGGUAAAUGUCUUGUGUUCUCUUAGUACAGUAACUUUCCGAUACAUAAUGUCUCUAAUAUACACAGUGCAGACUGGGACAAAUUAUCCUAACUAGCUGCAGGCCGACACAUUGCAAUAGGCCAAAGUGCCUGAAAUUUUAUAUUAUUUAUGUGUUUAUUAAAAGAUUAACUUCAUGCUUAUCAUUAGAAUGACUUUAUGAAUAAAAGCUUAUAUUUUAACUAGUAUCAUAAGCUCGUAUUAAUUGUGACUUGCAUCAGUAUAUUAAGCUCCUUAUUUCAACACUGACGCUAUGACGUUGUGACGUUGUUUGCAUCAAAUUAUUAAAAGGGCAAAAAUGGCAUGAGAUUUUAGUCCCUGACAUCGUUAGUUUAGUGUCGGGGUUUGGGGGUAGGUUUAGAGUUACCGUUAGGGUUGGAGGGUUAGGGUUUUGAUUAAAUGGUUUAGGUUAGAACUUGGUUUAACUGGUUAGGGUUACAGUUAGGUUUGGCCUUAAAGGGACGCUGUAGGCACCCAGACCAUUUCAGCUCGUUGAAGCGGUCUGGGUACACUGUUCAUUCCCCUUAACCCUGCAGUAGUCAUUAUUGCAUUUAUUGAGAAACUGCAAUAAUUACUAUCCAGGGUUAACUCCACCUCUGGUGGCUGUCCGCAUGCGCAUUAGUUCCCUGACGUUCCUGCCUGACCCAGCUCAAAGGGACAAUUGCUCUGUAUUCAGGUAAGUGAUAAAAGCGUUCUGUGCUGUGGGGGGUAGGGGUCACGUGAGCGAGGGGGGCACUAUAGGGAGUUAUAGUGCUAGGAAUACAAGUGUGUAAUCCUUGCCUAUAGUUUCUCUUUAAAGGGACAACUUCAUCUGCCCAGGAGGCACUCUUACCUCAAAGCGUUAAACCAUUCUCGAACGGUUUAACCCCUAAGUUGCCUUUAGUGGCCUUUGUCAGAAGUUCUGAUCGGUGGAAUCAGUCUUUAAUUUAUUUGAACAAGCGAGGAUUGAUUUGAUACAAAGGAGGUAAUUUAAUAAUAACCAUUAAUUAAGUGAUUCCCACGGAUUCUUGAUUGAUGCUAAUCUAUAGACACAAUAACAAACAAGAUUGUACCAAAAAUAUAUAUUUAUUAACUGUAAAAUUCAGCUCAGAAACAGAUAGAAAUAUCAAUAAUCAAUAGAGCAGAUCUAAUAACAUGCAAAACAAAACCCAAUAGUCAAUCUUCGUUUAGAUAAAACAAUUAAUGGUUAAAUCAGUGAGUAGGUUAAAUACUACACAUCAGGCAGUUAAAGCGGCACUCUCACCCUCCCCUCCCCCUGCAAAAUGAGUGUUUUAUAAAGAGAAAAUCUAUUAUUGCGGUGAAGUGCCAGGAGCAGAAGAGGACCUGCUGGAGGAACAUGGCAGCGUCUGCGAGGAACUGGUUCAGGUAAGUUAAACUCACCUCUCCCAGGCCACCAGUGGCAAUGCCACCAUUGGGGGUUUUAGCAAAUUCUGACAGUGCCGCAGUAAACAAAUAUCGUUACAUGAGUGUUGCGUUAAAACAGAUAUAAGUGAUUUCUGAUAUUUAAAACUCAGUUCCGUUCUGCGCACGAAUGAGUCAUGUUAAAAUGAUACACUGUCUCACCCGGGGAGACGGCGAGGAUUCUACUAACAACAGAAGUAGGUAAAGUAAAAGCUAUUCCUUAUUUAGAGUUUAUUAUUACUGAGUUUGAUGCGUUUAGAUUUUUAGUUAAUUGCCCCUUUUUCUAAACAUUUUGUUUUUGUAGAAAUAAUCUUCCUGCGUGCAGUAACCCCAGUCUACCCUCACGGCUUACAGCCAGAAAUCAGUUUCCGCAUUGCAGAAGGCAAUCUCAGAGACUCCUUCGACAUCCAGAAACGUUACAUAGAUGGAAUGACAGUCGGUGAGUUGCAUUCUUACAAUUAUUUUACAGUUUUUAUGAUAUUUCUGCAGAAAUUUCUUCUUUACUCUCAGUGUGCUCAGUGUACCCUCCUUUACUCUCAGUAUACUCAGUGCCCCCUCCUUUACCCUCAGUGUACUCAGUGCCCACUCCUUUACUCUCAGUGCCCACUCCUUUACUCUCAGUGUACUCAGUGCCCCCUCCUUUACCCUCAGUGCCCACUCCUUUACUCUCAGUAUACUCAGUGCUCCCUCCUUUACCCUCAGUGCCCACUCCUUUACCCUCAGUGUACUCAGUGCCCCCUCCUUUACCCUCAGUGCCCACUCCUUUACUCUCAGUGUACUCAGUAAGCCCCUCCUUUACCCUCAGUGUACUCAGUGCCCACUCCUUUACUCUCAGUGUACUCAGUAAGCCCCUCCUUUACCCUCAGUGUACUCAGUGCCCCCUCCUUUACCCUCAGUGUACUCAGUGCCCACUCCUUUACUCUCAGUGUACUCAGUAAGCCCCUCCUUUACCCUCAGUGUACUCAGUGCCCACUCCUUUACUCUCAGUGUACUCAGUAAGCCCCUCCUUUACCCUCAGUGUACUCAGUGCCCCCUCCUUUACCCUCAGUGUACUCAGUGCCCACUCCUUUACUCUCAGUGUACUCAGUAAGCCCCUCCUUUACCCUCAGUGUACUCAGUGCCCACUCCUUUACUCUCAGUGUACUCAGUAAGCCCCUCCUUUACCCUCAGUGUACUCCUCCGAGCUUCCUCGUUGGCUCCCCAUCUCUUCCGUAAUCUACGAGUGAAAUCGCUGCUCUGUGUUACGUUUUAUAUAAAUAUUGGGGGGUUAACUAAGUCCAUCAACUGUGGAACAGACACCACGCAAUAAGGCAGCUUUGGGGUGAAAUCACAUAAAGGGCAGAUAGGAUAAUGUGACCACGGUUUAUCUACUCCAGGAAAAAUGAUCCCACUUACAUCUUGUAGAAGAAAACCUUUUUCUUGAGAAAAUUGAAUGAAAGAGACGAUCUGACUUAUAAAAUGCUUGACAUUGGCUCUUUAAUAAAAAUGUAUCUUUAAAAAAUCCAUAGAUCCUGAUUUAUCAUGGAAGACAGCCAGCCGCGCGGUCUGUGUCCUUGGAAGAGGGGGUUGUGGUCAUUUCCAGACAGAUAAUUUGCUAGUGGAUACAUCGGGUGUUAUUUGCUAAACAGUCAGCGAGUUAGACAAUUCUCUUAAUCACUGGGUUUUUUUUUUUGACAAUUUAUUGCAAGUUGGGGCCAACUCGGUGUGAUAUACUGUUUAGUUAAUAAAUCACUAAUGUUUGUUUCUUUCUUGGUGAAUUUUACAAAAGCUGAUAUUACCCUCAGCACGCUGAAAAAAACAGCUGAAAUUAAGGAUUUUUCUAAAAAAAAUUCCAUCUGUCUGUAAAUGUACGAUUUCACUGUCAUUUCUCACAAAUUCCCGUUUACGUGAAUUCAGUAAAUAGCGUCAGUGUUCGUAUUUCACUAGUUUACACGUAUUGUAUAUCCCAUGUCCGUGAGGGGAGAGUCACAAACUGAGUUCUGGUAAAUUAGUUAAAAAUCAAGAAAAUAUGGGGUUUAUUUACUAAGCAGUGAAUUGCAAUGAAUUGAAAACUGAAUUGCAAAACGUAAAGAACAGCACCUGGUAUCAACAUAGCUGCUCCGAUAUUUCAGCUUAAACUUACUGGGUCUGUAUUUAAUUUGCUAUAAUUAACCGUAUAGUGAAUAAACACCAUGCAGUCUAAUUUACUGCUGGGAACACAACAUGUGUGAUUUUUACAUUUCUAAAUUAUAAUAGAAUUUAAAUGUGUCAUCUCUAAACAUUCUUUUUACGUCCAAUAAAUGUUAAUCUGAUGUUGUCCUAAAAUCAUGGUCCUGCUAAAUCCAACAGCUGACAAUGGAUUGUGGGAAUUAUAGUCCAGAAAGAGCUGAAGGGCUGGGAUUGGGACCCUCCUAGAAAAAGAUUAUUGUGUAUUUCGGAUUAUUUGAUGUUUACUUAGUGCUCAGUAAUAGUCAUUGCAUCCUCAGGUAAUCUGGACUAAAACUCCCAUUUUAAGCAGCACUCUGGGGUCAUUGAGUGGUUGCCAAGACUGAUGAGAGUUGUGAUACACAUCAGCCUGGGCUGCCAACACUUACCUGUUCCUCUUUGGUAACAGAUAGCAUUCAUGUUUUUUGGUCGUUGUUUCCCAGUCUGUUUUUGUGAACGGGACAGUGAUCAUGUCUUACCUUUUGAGCAGGAAUUAUAUUGAAAUCUCUCAGCAGUAGGUAAGUUUAUUCAACCUCUGACCCGUGUCAUUGUUCUUUAGAACCAUUCAAAGAGCUUAUAGUGUCUUGAUGUAAAAGGGCCACACAGAACUCCCGCUGAUCUGACAUUAAUGCUACAACUUACUAUUGACCUCUUAAAGCUUACUGGUUAAAGUUCAUGUUUUGGCUGCACAGGCAUCAGAGGAUCAUCAAUUCUUUGCUUAGGAAAAGCAACAAUUCUGUCUUUUCAGUAAAUUUAGGAGCCAUGCCUUGCAGCAGUAAUGCACCUCUGAAUAAUUAAAACCCACCUUGUGGGAUGUGUUGUUGGAUACUGUAAGCACCAAAACAACUUUAUCUUAAUGAAGCAGUUUUGUGUAUAGAUCAUGCCCCUGCCGUCUCACUGCUCAAUUCUCUGCCAUUUAGGAAUUAAAUCACUUUUGUUUCAGUUUCUGCAGCCCUAGCCACACAUCACCUUACUGUGACUGACGCAGCGUGCAUGAAAAAAAUAGUUUAAUUUUCAGUCAGCUCUAACAGCACAGUGUAUUUACUUUAGAAGUUUUUAUUUCCUGCUCUGUUAAUUGAACUUUAGUAGCAUACAGUAGGCAAGCUAUUAAGUGGACAAGCGAUAAUUAUUUUAUUAUAUUGCAGUUGACAUCAUGAAAUGUUAUCAUUUGUGUAAGGAAAAUAAAAUUUAGAUCAGGAACACAUUAUCUUAUAUACACAGACUGAUAGGAUAGAAAAGAGGGACAAAUGAGUUUGGGUCCAAACUAGUAUAAUAGUACAUUUCACUAUUAUGUGUUAGACACUGCCCAUUAAUUUGCUUUAAUCAAGAGUAAAUUUUAUAGAGAGAUUCCACCUGCGUUUUAAAGGUCCAACUCGAUGGAAUUGAGUUGUUUUCGACAUAGAUGACUAUGUAACCUUGUGCCCUUAAUGAACUCUCCGUAAUAACUAUUUAUCACAGACAAUAAUAGCUAUUUAGAUAUUUAUAAAUCUGUGCUUGGAACGCGGUGAACCAGACAUUGGAUGUUGGGUUUGAAUCCCAAUGGAAAUCAGGCCAGAAUUCCCUGCAUGUCGGUGCCAAACGUUGUUUGAACUAUUUAAGUCAGAGCAAUUUAGAGAGCUGUGUUUUUGUCAAUUUAAAGACCUGGGGUUUGCUGUGGGGUCAACCAGUUUAAAGUUAUUUCAUAUCUGCCAAACCGUGAGACAAGCGUUCUCCCUUCUGAAGUCAGAGAUACUGCUCAUUAACAUAACUCAACUUCUCUCUAUUACUCUGUCCAAAAUGGCCACAACAUAAAGAUUUAUUAAAGCUAAAGUUUCCUUUUAGUGUUACUUAUAUGUCACAAAUAAUUGUUCGUCACAUUGAGGUUUUCCAUGUAAAAGACCGAUUAAAGUAGAAGAAGUACAUUUUAUACCCCCCUUUGUUCUACACCUGGAAUAUACUUAUUACUAUACCGGUCUUUCCCCUCCAAUUCCCCCUCCAUUUUUGUAAUAAAUGAUGUAAUAGCCCAGUGCUAUGCUAAUUAUUAAAGGACCACUAUAGUCACCCAGACCACUUCAGCUCAAUGAAGUGGUCUGGGUGCCAGGUCCCUCAGGUUUUAACCCUUCACAUGUAAACAUAGCAGUUACAGAGAAACUGCUAUGUUUACAUUGCAGGGUUAAUCCACCUCUAGUGGCUGCCUUCCUGACACUCGCUAGAGGCGCUUCUGCGAUGCUGAAUGCGAAAAUCGCAUUCAGCGUGCAGAAUGUACAUAGGAAAGCAUUGCAAAAUGCUUUACUAUGUGCGUUUUUAAUGGCCGCACAUGCGCAUUCCACGUCGGAGUGGGCGGAGAGGUCACCAGCGCAGAGGGAGCCCGGCGCUGGAUAAAAGUAAGUGGCUGAGGGGGAUUUAACCCCUUCAGCGCCAAGGGAGGGGGGCCCUGAGGGUGGGGGGAACCUAAGGGUUAUAUAGUGUCAGGAAAAUUAGUUUGUUUUCCUGACACUAUAGUGAUCCUUUAAUAUUUAAUAUUUAAUAUUUUAUGUUUCUAUAAGGGCUACUAAACAUGGAUUCAUGGAUUGCAGGAUAAAACUUACCAGGAAAGGUUAAAGGAACUUAACAUGUGUAGCUUGGAGGAAAGACGAGACAGGGGGGAUAUGAUAGAAACAUUUAAAUACAUAAAGGGAAUCAACACAGUAAAGGAGGAGACUAUAUUUAAAGAAGAAAAACUACCACAACAAGAGGACAUAGUCUUAAAUUAGAGGGGCAAAGGUUUAAAAAUAAUAUCAGGAAGUAUUACUUUACUGAGAGGGUAGUGGAUGCAUGGAAUAGCCUUCCAGCUGAAGUGGUAGAGGUUAACACAGUAAAGGAGUUUAAGCAUGCGUGGGAUAGGCAUAAGGCUAAUCUAACUAUAAGAUAAGGCUAGGGACUAAUGAAAGUAUUUAGAAAAUUGGGCAGACUAGAUGGGCCGAAUGGUUCUUAUCUGCCGUCACAGUCUAUGUUUCUAUGUCAUUGUAUAUGUUAUUGAUUGCCAUACAAUGUAUAGAUAGCUGUGAAUACUUACUCAUUGUCCUGAUUUUUACAAUAAAAUAGAAUCUGAAAAUAGCACAUCCUAUGUACAAUAGUCAAUCCCCUAUAAAAACGAGACAUUGCUUUAUACUUGUGGUUAUAAAUUAUAUACAGUCCUCGAUUCAAACCUGUAAUUGGACAAUAACAUAUUUUAAUGAUUUCCUGUUGCCUUGCUCAGUCCCUACUUUUUCUUUCCAAACAGGAGUUGUUCGUCAAGUGAAACCCAUUGUAGGACCAUUCAACACCGUCUUGAAACUUGAGAUGAAUUACGUGGUUGGAGGUGUGGAGUCCCACCAAAAUAUUGUCAACGUCCACAUCUUUGUCUCAGAAUUUUGGUUCUAAAAAAAGUAAAUUUUCUGAAGAUCAGGCAGUUGCCUCUUGUGUACAACAGUAAUACAUGUUUGUAUUAGGUUUUGUGGCUGAAAUUACUGCUAAGGAUUGGUUCUACACACUUAGUAGACCAGGUAGUACCAACAUCAUCAAGUUUUCUUAAAUGUAGAUACAUUUUGCAGUCGAUGGCUGAAUAUUAACCUGGCGUAUCUUUUACAAAAUAAAAAAUGCUAGCUAAAAGUAAGGAUGAAAAAAAACUGAAUGUUUUACAGAAUUUUAAUAAUUGAUCAAAAAAAUUCAAAUUAAUUCCUAAAUAUUUAAAGAGGGAAUACAAGUCACUCAAAACAUGACUUACUCACUGGAAAAUGUUUAAUGAAAGGCCAGUUUUAGCAUUAUUAACAAAACAAUUUUGUAUUGUGCUUUUAGAUCAUUGGGAAAAUGGAGACACAAUUAAAUGAUUCCCAAAUUCAAGUUAUAUAGGAGACAUGAAAUCCAAUUUUCUGAAGAUUUUGUCUUUUGUUUUUUUCUUUUUAAAUUAUUGAGGGAAAUAAUAAAAUGAACGUAAUAGUGAUUUUACAUAGACCGUAAAGAUUAUUCUAGCCAACAAGUCUACGUAUCGUAGGGAUGUUCUCAUGAUUCCAUUUUGUAAAUAAAUGCCGUAUCAAACAUUAAAAAUAUUACCAAUAAGGCACUUGCUUUGACUUGUAGUCAACAUGUUGCUAAAAUCUGAAUUUACGGUAAAUACAUCCAGAAAAAUAAAAUUUAUAGUUGUCACAAAGUGGGGCAAUUUGAAACAUUGUGUCAGUCAAACUAUCAAUCAGGGUUAGUCUUAUCAGCCGGUUAUUUACAAAGAUACAAACGGGAUUAGAAAAAUUAAAAGUGCUGGAGUGGACAGCUUUAAGAAUUAAUAAAAAAAAAUAAAACAACAACAAAUCUUAGUAAUUCUUGUAAAUCUCUACUUUCCCCCCCUCAAUUAAAUGUAUAUUUUAAUCUAUAGGAGAUUUCUGGAUGAUUAUUUGCUUAAAAUGAAAAUAUCUGCUGCAGUUUUUCCAUAUUCUCACCACUCCUUGUAAAAUGAAUAAUGACACAAAAUUGUGUUCAUAACUCCGACUUAAAAAUCAAAUGUUCAUAAAUUCACCAUAUACUAAUUAAUGUACGUGUUGUCCCCAAGAAGCGUAGUGCAAGCUCAUCAUUAGACGCCCUCGCUCUACACUCAGGACAUUAGGACCACUGAAACAGUGCUCCCGGCAUGUCCUGCCAUCAAUGGUCUGGCCUGUUUGGUUGGCAGACAGCCUGAUGUGCAUUCACACCAGACUUACAUCCAGUUCUUCAGAUGGGCCUGUCCACAUUCCAGGCAGGUCCAUCUGCUUUGGGUAGCGCCAGUGAGCAAUACUUUUCAUUUUAACGACUAUUUGCACAAUUACCAUUGUGUGUUUCUGAGCAAAAUGCCAUAAAGGCUGUGGAUAACUGGCAUGUUUAUUCAAUAUGCAAUUAAAGGUUUAUUUACUAAACAGUGAAGUUAACAUUUAAUAAAAGUUAAACAUUCUCAAAUCUUGCAACUUGUCCUUUUUUGACUUUAUGUUACAAAAUCGGUUUUCUUUUGACCACAUUUCACUGUUUAAUAAAUAAACCGUUUGGCAAUUCUGCUGCUUUGGGGGAUCUGGGAGUUUUGGGUCAGAGCUUAAUUAAGAUCAUUGCAUAGUUAGUAAGAUUGCUCCUUAAAACUGGACGAAGAACUGUCUUAAUGAUGGAUUACAUGUUCGCAGUGUACUACCCAGAGUCUGGGGCUAAUUUUUCUAAUAAAAAGGCUAAUUACAAAAAUCAAUAAGGUGUUAAUAAAGAUAUAUUUUGUAUUCAGUAGACCAAAAUGUAUACAGUAAGAUAGGACGAUGUAUUGCUGAAAGAAUGUAUUUUUCCCGUUUCAGAUUGUCUUUUUACACUUGUUUUUCUUUAGUUAUCCGGAAAAAUAAACACUUGAUAAAUCCUUGUCUGUGUCACUGAGAUUCAAUGCACCAAAACAUAGCUUCUCUAUAUUUCCCAUAAGAUUAUCUUCCAGUCUACUGCUGCUGGCUCUGCCCCUGAUCUGCCUGCUUGACUGAUAUCAUCAGAAGUGGAGCUUUGAGCCAAUCACAAUGCUUUCCCAUAGGAAAGCAUUGGAUUGGCUGAGAUUGUCAAAGAGGCAGAUCAGGGGCAGAGCUAUCACAAGCCAAUCACAGCCCUGGACAAUCAGCAUCUACUCAUAGAGACACAUUGAAUCAACACAUCUCUAUGAGGAAAGUUCAGUGUCUCCAUGCAGAGGGUGGAGUCACUGAAUGUCAGUCACACUCUGCAGCACUGCCCCAGGAAGCUCCUCUGGCAGUCAUCUGAGGAGUGGCCGGUGGAGGUAUCCCUAGGCUGUAAUGUAAACACUGCCUGACGGUAAUGAUUCUACUCACCAGAACAAAUACAAUAAGCUGUAGUUGUCC